CUUUAAAUUAAACCCAGGCGAGGCUCUCAGGACCCAUAACUACAAGUAACAUGUUGUGGGAGCUUUAGCUAAAGCCAGGAAAUGGUUAAGAAACUUAGCUCUCCCUAUGCCUGGAAGGCAGAAUCUUUUUGAUGCAUGCACUGGAGGUUGGCAGGGGAUCAGCGUGCACUGGGUUCUAUUCUUCCUGCUUCCCUCUUUGUCUUCACCAGGAGGUGGAGAUUAUCCCAUCCCACCCAGCCACUAGUCUGUGACAGGAUGGCUCAGACGAAGCAGUGAUCUCAACACUAGUAAUUCAGUGCUUGGAGGUAGUGUGGAGGAAAACUUGCUUUGGAAGUUGGAUGUCACAAGUUCCCAUGCUACAGAUCUCUGCUUCACAUAUUCCUCUGGAGACUUGGAAGACAUAGGAGUCCCCCAAAUCAUCUGAUUACAAUACAUGGUAACUACUAUUUAAUUAAAGAGAGAGAGAGAGAGUGUGUGUGUGUGUGUGUGUGUAUGUGUGUGUGUUUGUAAUUCUCAUGCUAUAGCAGCAGUCUAUCCUAUCCAGCACUGACGAGGUUAAGCAAUUCACGUGAGGUUAAUAUUAAUUUAAUUUUGAAGAGGGGUUUAAACUCCGGAUGUUAAUAAUGAUAGACCCCCCAAAUGAUUUUAACUUUAAUUUCUGUUUAAGUGCAGCAACUAAAACAGCAAGUAAUCUCAUAAUGACUGUAAUUAAGUAAUCGCCUAGAAAUAUGUGUUGCUCUGUUUUGAAGGUUAGGGCAUGUUCAGAAAACGUUACAAUGUAUCACCUUGGAAUUACAGAAACACUUUUCAUCUUUUUUAACACCCAGUGAAUCUCUUUUUCAAGGUCAAUGUUCUCUAUAUGUUUGUGAUGAAAGCAUUCCAUGAAAUAGCAGUGUAAUGCAAUGACAUCGUGUUGGCAGCGGAACAUACAUUUAGUAGAAUCCCAUGUAAAAACACAUCUCUUGCUAGUUAUAAGUGAUGCUAGUGAUAGUCCUAAAUAGGGGUUUCUUCAUUCAACGGUGAGUUGUGAUAAAUUUAGGUAAAAUGGUUGAUUUGAAUAAAAUCAUCAAUAAACCGUAUUUGUGAAUUCCACAGUUUAAUGCCCAUAGCACUGGGCAUAAUGUGUGGGGAUACCAAUUGGGCAUAAUGUGUGGGGAUACCAAUUGGGUAUAAUGUGUGAGUGUACCUCUUGGGUAAAAUGUGGGUUUAGCCAUUAUGUAUCAUUUAUUAGAUUUUUCUAAAUGGGAAAUAUGUGAUCAAAAAAGCCAGGGGAAUAAAAGUAUGUAGUAUGAUUGUGCUCUUGUUCCUCAUGUUGUUUGAAAUGUAGCAAUUUUUAUUGACAUCUGUAAUAAGCAUUACCGACAAGCACUGAUUGUACUUACAAGCUUAAUGUUCUGAUAAAACCUAAUGUUGGUUUCUGUUUGUUUCUAAAGGCUGUUAUCCCUUUUAGAUGAUGGUGUUUGUCACAGAAAGUGGUCAGCGGGCAAUGCUUGGUAUGUUAGGUUUGGGUUCAAGACUUUAAAAUCCAAAAAUGGCAUGUCAAAACUAGCAGUUAGAUGGCUGACUGAGCUUGAUUUGGGUUGUAGUACAAAAUACUCUUUCACGCCACUAACAGAUACCAUGUCACUUCACAAAAACACAUUUCCUAUUUCCUUUUCAGAAACGGUUCAGGAUUUAAAUUAUAUUGAGUCAAACACAAGUAGGAAUAUAAAGGAAAACAAAUGUGCUUUGUUUAUUGCAGUGUGUGUGUAAAGUGUGUCCCUCUAUUUAAUAACAUGCUGUUAUUGUAUACAAUACAAUUGAAGACAAUACGUCUAAACCUCACAUACCUCUCUAGGGUCACAUGUAAUCUCUGUUGUGCUGUUCAUAUUUGGAUAAGCAUUGCUCAUCCCAGAGGGAUUGUCUGAGAUUUUACAGUAUUGUAUGUGGGUUUCUCAGACUAGUGCAUUCUGGAAUCCUGCUUAUAAAUAGUUGUGCAGACACUUUUCAUCCUCAAAUGAACAUGAUUCCCAGAGUCUGAUCCAAAUAUUUAUUUUGUACCGUAUAAUACAGCUUUCAGGAGAGGGCAAAGGAGAAUGGAAUAAAAAAAAAAAAAGAGUUUCCUGGUGAUUGGGAAAUAAUAUUAACCUGUGUCUGCGCCAUUAUACAAUUAUACCAUUAUAAAGAACAGAUAGUAUAAUAUAGUAUUGCUUGUGCGUGAGUGUGUGUAUAUGGAAAAAUAAUGAUAGAAUGUGCAGAUCUCAAUUUGAGACCCCAAACAGGUCUUUGCAACACUAAUUAAACUGAAUGUUUUACUACUCUUCGAGGGCUUUGGAUGUCUUGUUUGAGAUCAACAACUCUAUAGUACUUUGUCUUUAUAAGCAGUUGUUUGUAUAUGUUUACAUGUUUAAAUAUAUCAUUUUAGUUCCUCAAAAAAAAAAAAAAAUUUGUAGUCAAACUUAAAAUCUCUUUACAGGUUUAUAAAGUAUAUCCUUAGCAAUAUAAUCUUCUCCAUCGAUUAAAUUCGGUAUGCCCCAUGAGGAACAGCUGCAUGAAUUUGAAUGGUUUAUUAAUUUUUUGAAUGCAAGGAUAUCUAUCUAUCUAUUAUUAUUAUUAUCGCUAUUUAUAUAGUGCCAACAGAUUCCGUAGCGCUUUACAAUAUUAUAAGAGGGGGAUGUAACUAUAAACAGGACAAUUACAAGAAAACUUACAGGAACGAUAGGUUGAAGAGGACCCUUCUCAAACAAGCUUACAGUCUAUAGGAUCUAUCAAUCUAUUAUUUGUCUGUCUAGCUAUCUUUCCAUCUAUAUCUCCAUCUUAAUCUCUCAAAGUUUAUUGUAAUCUCUUUCUCUCAAUCUAUCAUCAAUACACUCAUCUUUCAAGAACAUAUGUAUUUUCAUACGUGUUGUAUGCAUCACUGACUUCAAGAUAUGUUGAUCAUAUUAUUCCUUAAAAGCAACAAGGAAUAAUAUAUUAAAGCCAAGGUGGAUUUUUCUGCAGUCAUUAGGCAAUGAUGAAUCAGUUCCACAUGGAAUUCCUUAGAGCAGUUUUGUAACUAUUAUUCACACUAAAGUUGUGACUGAUAGCACAUAAGAACACUCUAAAAUAACACUUUGCAGUAUUCUGCUGAAAAUCUGAUGUUCGAUCGAAUUAGCUGACAUUUAGACUAUUGACUAUUAGGCUAUUCUAUGACUAUUAGAGAGUGGAAACCACAUAUGAUACACAAAUGGUUUUAUUAUUUUCUUCGUAACACAAGAAGAGAUGGUUGGCAUAGACUUUAUAGACUUUAUUAAUGAACAAUGUGUCAGUAUGUUUAUUCCGAGAGGAAGACCACUUUGCAGUUCUUAUGUAUUAGAUAUUAUUGACCCACUGUAUUAAAAUAUUUACAAAUGUUUGCAAUAUAGGCUGCCUAGUAUAAAUUAUGAUUUGUAGAGAUUAUAGUUUGCUUUAUGUUGUAUAAUUAUUCAUUACAAACUGGAAGCAUAGGACACAAUAAUAGUAUACAAAAUAAGAUUAUCUCUAGUAAUUGAAUAGUAAUUUUCUAGUAAUUUUUCCAUGAAUAACUGAGUAAUGACUAUUCAAUAAUCAAUCAUAUUUAUCUCUAGCAAUGCAAUCCACUCCGGAGUUGUUCUUGAUUUUACACUAACCUAUUUUCCCAGACUACCCUAAUGCAUGUCCUGCACUAGAGUCUUUGUCACUUUGCCUAAUGCACUAGCUUGAAACAUAUGAGAUAAAAUAUCUGUAGCAAGUCCUAAUUUAAUCUCUCCACUGUCAGAUAUAUGUAACAGUUAUUCUUGUGGAUACUGAAAGAGCUCAGAUAAUGGAGCUAAAGGCUAAACUAGUCCAGGCUCUUGGUAGAGCAAUAAUGAAUCUUCUUGACAUUUUUCACUAUAUAUUUAUAUCUGUAGAUUGUAAUUUCAUGUCUGUUUGUCUGUUUAUAUAUAUAUAUAUAUUUACUAAACCUUUUUACAUAUAUUUAGUAAACAUUUUAUAUAUUUUUUUGAAUAUGCAGUAUUACCUUUUUUCAGGUUGACAGGCUUAAGGAACACUAAAAAAUUAGGAAUACAAAACUGUAUUCCUAACACUAUAAUGUCCCUCCUCCCACCUGUACCCCCCACCCCCGCAGCCCCCCUUGGCCAUGUAAAGAGUUAAAACAUACUUUCAAAAACUCUGAUAUCCCUCUGCACUGGAUCUGGCUUCUCCACCACCGAUGUCAGCAUGAUCCCGGAUCUAAUGCGCAUGCAUGGCAAAUGUCUGGCACACAUUAGGCAUUUCCCAUUCCCCAUUAACUCAAUGCUUUCUUGUCGGGUUUUUCAACAAGUUAGAUGUCCUCAUGCAAAGUGUGAGGACAUACAGUAUCAUUUCACAUAUUGCACUACAUGAAACUGCAGUAAUGUCUCUAGUGGCUCUCUGAGAGGUAGUCCCUAGAGGCAUUCUUAAUCUUGCAAAGUAAACAUUGCUGCUUCUCUACAAUGAAAAGAAGUGAUCUGGUUGCCACUGCUUCCCAUCUUCUCCAGUAGGAGAAUACGGUUAGCUAUAAAAAGCUCAGAAAGGCUUUGCAGGAUUGCACUUAUUGGCCAUGAGGGCCAGCUGAUCCCUGUCAGCCAAUGAGUGCACCAUCUGUGCUUUAUUCUGUUCUAUAUAAACAUGUGGCUUCUCCUGCAGCAGAAGACUCAAUGUGGCACGAGUCCUAUUGGGACCCAGUUAUUUUGUCAAUCGGUACUAAAAUGACUUGAUUACUGUGUGACCUUAACAUGACACUCCUGGACCCAUUACCACUACAGCAGGCUGGCACUACUCACUAUCAUAGCUGACAAGUCACACUUUAUGAAUAAUACUGACAGCCUGUAGGAGUUGAUAAAGAUGUCUCAAUAAAUUGUAUAUGUUUAAAAAAUAUUCAGAAAUACAACUGUGAUUUUUUUAAUCUAUUUUUAUUUUACUUUUUAAGAUGGCAGUUUUUCCUUGUUUUUAGUAGGAUGACAUGAAAAUGCAUUCUUGAAUGUCCUGUAUAUGGCAUUAAACAAAUUGUUCUUUACAUUUUUACUUAGCAAAUAGAAAGAGAGACGCUGUAAUUCAUCGGUGUACACAAAAGUCAGAUUAAAAACCUGUGCCUGAGUAACUUCAUGAGUUCUGUUUUAUUUCUGUUUUAGAUAAACCAUAGACAACUGAGAUAAUCCAAUCACGUAUCACUGGCCGCCAAGAUGGGUGCAGCCGUUCUGAGGUUCUUCUUACUCUUUGUGGUGACUGGGUUUGUCAUCUGUAACACUGCUGGGGAAUUCUAUGAAAAUCACACUAAUUCAAGUACAGAAUUCACUAUGACGAAUAAGACUUAUCCGCCACCUCCAAGAAGGUCAAAUAGAUCAGAAAUGUGCCCUAAAAGGACCAAAAUCAGUCAAGCCUUCAAAUACAUUAACACAGUGUUAUCUUGUGCUAUUUUCAUUGUUGGAAUGGUCGGGAAUGCAACCCUGCUAAGGAUAAUAUACAAGAACAAGUGCAUGAGGAAUGGACCAAAUGCACUGAUAGCCAGCCUGGCUCUUGGGGAUCUUAUCUAUAUUGUCAUUGACAUUCCUAUAGCCGUGUUUAAGGUAAGAAACUAAUAGAGGCUUUCUGAAUAUUUUGGAUGUUGGUGUUUUCUACUGCCUUUUGUUUUGUCUUCUUUAUUCUAUUUUCUAGGUUGAGCAUCUUUUUUUUCAAAUAAAACCUUCAAUGACACUGAGCUCAUACAAAUUGGAGCGUUAUUUUUAGAAGAGUUAACACUUUCCCGUAAUCAUCUAUUUACGGGAUUUUAAACACUCUCACCUCAUUGACACAACUGAUAGGAUAAAAGUGACUAUGCAUUUAUUUCAUGAAAGAAAAGUUAUUGCUACAUAGUCAAUACAGGAAUGUUCGUAAAGAGAUAAAGUUGACAUUUAUUCAAUUCAGGAGUCUCUGGAGAAAGGCUAAGAGUUUUCUUUAAAUUAUGAAUAUCAGCAUCACAUAAAAAUCUAGAAUGUGAUGCAUCUGCCUCAAUGCCUCAAUCAUUUUUAAUCUGGAAGUAAUUAUUUAUACAUAUGCUAUGUUACAUUAAUGUGUCAAGCAACUUCCUAUGAAAAAGCAUACUAGCUUGAACAGUGCUGAAAAAGGUCACCAUAGCUGUGCAUGAUUCCUCUACUGCUGAGAUUUAAAUAUUUUGAAAGGCUAAAAGGAGUGCUUACUGUGAGCACUUCAUGGAAUAGGAUACACAGAGAGCUUGGCACCCUCUGUGGAGUACACAACCACCCAGACUUCAGUGCAUAAUGUGCUUUAGCAAUAGUUCUGGGGUCAGAACAGCUCGAUACUUUGAAUAUCUGACCGUUUCAAGCAGCUGUCUUGAAAUAACAUUAAAAAACUCAAGUAACUCUCUUUAAAAGUUAGCUGAAAAAUCAGCCAUUUAUUGAACAGGCCCUAUAAACUGUGCCAAAGUACACCACAGUGUGACAGAAAAUGUUACAUAUAUUGUACAUAAGAUUAAGUCUGAAUUAAAUUUAGUUUAUAUAUAUAUAUAUAUAUAUAUAUAUAUAUAUAUAUCUUCAGAAUACUUUUGAAGCCAGAGUUUAUGCAGAAUGCAUUUUGUAAUUCUGCCAGAAAGGCGAGAACUUUGACAAUACCACUAUAGUUAGCUGUGCAUGCAUAUCGUGAGCCUCAGAAACAUACGAAGUAAGGAUUAUCACAAUUCCAAGUACUGCAAUUUAAGUAACUGCAGGUGUUCAACUAAUGCUACAUCAUAGUCUGAUAAAAUUGCUAACAUUAAAGGAACACUCCAAACACUAAGCAUGCUCGAGGAGUUAUUGUACUAGGAGUGCUCUGGUGUUUUCCCAUUAUAAGUAGUAAAACUGUUUUAGAACAAUUUGACUUUAAACCUGAAGUCCAUCUGCUCUCUGUUUCCACUACAGCACUCAGAGAGCCAGAACCUCUGUGAGCUAAGACCAGCAGUGUAAGGCUUAGCGCUUUGACUGACAGCGAUCAGCUGAUGCACUGCAGGGCUUAGCUCACGAGAGCUAAUGAAAACUUCAUAGCAGGAGCUUCCGGAUCUCCUGGCUGUUAAGUGGAGCUUAAUAGGCUAAUUUUCACUUAAUAUGCUUCUAAUAGUUUUUUUCUAAUAGCAAAUAGUUUUUUAUAUUUUAUCCAGAAAUCUUUUUAUUCUCUGUUUAAUGUUGCUGAUAUUUCCUAAUCAAUACACAGAAUACAUUCAAACUGAAAUGGUUACCUCUUAUACAGCCAAUGGUUCAUUCAAUGCAUUGCUAUGUCACAUAAUUCAAAUUGUAAAAUAUCCAAAAUAAACAUACUUUGUUUUUGUAACUUUUAUUCAUCUAUAAUUCAGAAUCAGAAUGUUUAUAUGUUCCAUGAUUUUGGCCAUAAAAUACUACUUCACAUCUGUGCCAAUCAUGCGGUCACACAGGUCACAUCUGGGUUAGGUUAACAUUCACCUCCAAUACAUAUGGAGAGCAUUUUCACUGACCAUCGGCUGAAAUGUCAGAGGCUUUCUCUGCGCCCCCUUCAUUAAUCUGUGCAAAUACUUUAAGGUAUAUAUAUAUAUAGAUAGAUACACACAUAUAUAUGUGUGUGUGUGUGUGUGUGUGUGUGUGUUAGCAUGGAAUUGAAAGCUAGCAUCUUCUGUAAAGGCAGAAAAAGGCAGCUUAUGUAAAUCUAGCAAAGUUGCACUAAAUCAUGGAUUUGUUUGAAUUGUAAUUUGUACUUUAUUAUUAUUAUUAUUAUUAUUAUUGCCAUUAAUAUAGCGCCAACAGAUUCCGUAGCGCUUUACAAUAUGAUGAGAGGGGGAUUUAACUAUAAAUAGGACAAUUACAAAAAGCUUACGGAACAAUAGGUUGAAGAGACCCUGCUCAAUCGAGCUUACAUUCUAUAGGAGGUGGGGUGUAAAACACAUUAGGACAGGAGUUUGCAGUCAAAUAAGGUGGGCUGCCCUUUAGGAGAGAGCAAGAGAGAUUAGUUGGCGCUUUAUAAAUUAUAAUAAUAAUUACACGCAGCAACAUUCAAUUUCUUCUUUUGUUUUUACAGAGAGGGUCUUGUCAUAAAGGAUUAGUUAGAGUCCAAGAGCACAUAGUGAUGCCUGUAUUCCAGUUAUGCUGUAUUUAGUUCAUUUUCUUUGCCUUCAGGGAUGUUGAUUUCUUGCUAGGAUUCAGUUUAUUUAUUUAUUCCUUCCUAUAUCUUAACUGUGAUUGUUGUAGAGAAUACAUUGUUUAUAACUGUUCAGUGAUUUUUGGUGAUUUUUUUUUUUUACUUAAUAUUUGGAAUUGUUUUAAGAUCAUAUAGAUAUUUUCUUAUGAUGUUAUAUUUCAUGCUUAUUUUCCACUUUGUCAGCGUAAAAUAGAAUGUAUUCUAUUUUUGCCAUUCUUUUUGUAUUCUCUGUAAGAAUUCCUUAGUGUUAGUUCAGAUUUGGUUUCUUAAAGACAUUUUAAUAUUCUGUCACUAUUGACCAUCAAAUUACCUUAAUUUUUAAAAGAAAAGUUUUGUAAAAUCUCUUGGGUCCUCCCUUACGUUGUGUUGUUGUUAGUUUUAAAGAGUCAUAAACCCUUUUAUUACAUUAAGCAUAAUAUAUUCCAUUCCCUUUUUUGCUUUUCAUCUCUGAACCAUUUAAAAGCCCAUGUCAUUUUAUUUUGUAGUUCUAAACACUUCCAAUAUCAAUAAACUAUGUUUUCAAAAAGCUGUUUACUGUUCUUUAAACCAAGAAUUGGUUUUAUCUAAAACAUGAAUAGAUCUUUUAUACUGAUUCUGUUCUUCAGUUCUUCAUCAUAAUAAACAAGGUUAAUUUUUGCAUGUCUAUCUGUCUACCUUCGCCCUCGAAAAUAAAACGAUUAUCUGCCUGAUACACACUAAUAUUGCAUGACAUGUGAAAGUACUACUAAAUGACAAUAAUAUUAAAACAAAUCCAACAUAAAUUCAGGCAUUAAACUAUAUUCAAUAAAUGAGAAGAAACUGACAUCAUAGAUGUAAAAUAUGAUAAAUAGUGACCCAUUCAACACCCAUGAGGAGAAGGUUUGUUUAAUACACUAUGCAUCAUGUUGCCAAGACGUCUGUGUAUUUGUACAAUCUAUUCAUAAACAUUUUUUCUUUAUUCCUGUCGAAUGCAUUUAAACAGUAUGUUGCUUUUAAUUUGUAACCCAAAUUAAAUGAUUGCUCAUUUUUUUGUUUGUUUGUUUUUUCCAAAUAAUGUUUUGUGGUUUUGUAUAAGGGACAGUGAUCAACUGAUUAUUUUAUGAGACCUGAUAUAUUUAAGUAAAACUAUUUUUGUGAACAUUUACUUUUUUAUGAUUCUGCAAAAAAAGGAAAACAGUGUUGCGUUUCAAUAUAAUUGAUGCAAUAGAAUGUUUGUCUUUAACAAUAAAGAACGUAUUGUACUGAAUAACAGAGCUCAGAUGAUACAAAGAUCAUGUUACUUUGAAGAAAAAUAUUAAAAUGUGUUAGAUUCAGUGUUUAGUUAAUUUAUUCCAGAAAAGUUUCUUGACCUACCCCUUUCAUCUGAGAACAAUGUGGAUUGGAAGAUGCUGGAUUUCUCAAUUUAGCAUUUGGCCUUGUAAGAACGCCAUUCAUUUCUUCAGUGUUCCAUUAUAAAUCCACACAGUCCUCUUUUCAUAGACCUUGUUCCACUAAAGUAAGGACCUAUCUAGAGUAAGAGGGAGUAAUGCACAUUUAUGGUCAUAAAGUAUUAUUGACUUAUUGAUAUUAAAGUCAACAGAAGAAAAUACUCUUAAAGCACCUAACCAUCAUUAAAUAAAUAUUCAAAGAUCACUUCAAGCACAAUUACUACUACAGGCCACUAAUAAUAAUACAAAGUACCCAAAAUAUAGGUACUUAUUGACGUUCCAUAAGAAAAUGAACAAAAGAUCCCUCUAUACCUGUCCAACACCCCAAACAUCUAGAGAGCGUCAUCUCAACAUCUGGGCAAGCUGUGGGCUCUGUAAUAGAGAAAGAUAUUGGGACAUCAGCAGCUCCCAAGUCUCCCUUCAGAUGGGGAAGUAAAUCAUUAUUUGUGGAAGCUCUGGCUCUCUUACUGGACCAGGUAAAAGUUAGUAUGGAACCACCAACCUUCUCAUGCUGAUCCACCAUGAUAGUAAAGAAUCUUGAGUAGGGCCAUCAUAUGAAGUGAAUGGAUGUGAUCAAGAGCAAAAACCUGUAGGGGGUCAACUUCAGUAAAAGGGAUCUGAAUGACCUGUACAAAGAAGUGCAGUUAGCUCUGGAGAGGUCAUCUCAGCGUAGAACAUGGGAAAAAAAAUAAGUAGAAAGACCCUUAUUGAAUUAUUUUUUUUUGUGCGAUAAUGCAUAUUUCUAUAUAUUAAAAGGGCAGAGAGACUUAAUAAGUAAAUUUUUCAUUCUAUUAAGAGCCUUCUCUAUGAUAUGGUAUCAUGUUGCCAAUAGAAAAUAUAUUAUGGUCUUGUGAGCUGUCUUCCCAUAGAUACUGCUCAUAGAGACAGGAGACGUACUUAUAAUAUUGUUAAGUGAGCAAAGCAGGAAGGGCAAUUGGAUGUACUUGUCCAUCUAGCGACAAAUGACUUGGCUUGCAAUGAGGUUUCAGAGGUAAUGGAAGUUUUUAAUGAUUUUGCCAAUGAUAUACGGCAGGUUUUUUUUCACACUGUCAUUCUCUGAAGUUCUGCCUGUGCAUAACACUCAGAACAACAGUCUGAUGCGUACUAGGGACUUUAACUUGAGGUUUGGUGAAUGGUGUCGGGAGCAAUGAUUUGGCUUCAUUUCUCAAAAGGGAACAAAUGUUCUCAUCGAGCAGCUCAGAGGUUUUGCUAGGAUGUAUUUAAACUAGGAGGGGGAGGCAAAAUGGUGAUAAAACAUCAAUCCAAUUGCCCCCCAAAACAAGGACAGAAGGUGCCUGUAGUAAGUGUUUUAAAAAAUGAUAAGCUUAGAGUGAUGUCUAUAAAUGCUCGCAGUUUAGGGAAUAAGAGCCAUGAACUUGUGGCAAUAAUGGCAACUGAUAGUGUAGAUUUAGUUGCUGUUACUGCAACUUGAUAUAAUGAGAAAAAUGACUGGGACAUAGCAAUACCAGGGUACUCUUUAUAUAGAAAAGACAAUGAAGGUAAUAAAGGGGGAGGCAUGGCCCUGUAUGUGAAGGACAGCAGAAAAUCGAACCUAAUAAAAGUUAGUGAGGCGAACAUAGAGUCCGUUUGGGUUAGGUUAGAAUUUGGUAAUCACACAGUAACUAGUGAAGGUGUGAUUUAUAGGGCCCCAGGACAAACAGAAGAGUUAGAUAAUCUUCUAGUUGAGGAAAUAGCUAAAAUGACAAUGAAGGGGGAAGUUAUCAUCAUGGGUGAUUUUAAUUUUUCUGAUGUGAACUGGAAAACCAAAAUAGCUGCUUGUGCCAGGAGCACACAUAUUGUAAACUCCCUACUGGGAUUGUCUCUAAAACAAGUAGUUGAGGAGCCAACUCGUAAAGAGGCCAUACUAAAUUUAGUGUUAACAAAUGGAGAUUUGGUAUCAGAUAUUACUCUAGGUGAAAGUUUACCUUUCAGUGAUCAUCAGUAAGUGUGGUUUAAUAUAAGAACAGUGACUGAGUCACACCACACAAAAACAAAAGUUUUAGACUUUAGAAAAACAGACUUUUCUAAAAUUAGAAUAUGUGUAGAGGAGUCAUUAUCAGACUGGAGCAAUUUAAACGGAGUCCAAGAGAAAUGGGAUUAUUUAAAAGUUGCACUACUGAAGGCAACAGAAAUUGCAUUAGGCUUGUCAGUAAAAGCCAAAAAAAUCAAGAAACCACUGUGGUACUCAUCAGAUCUGGCCAAAAUAGUAAAAAAAUAAAAGUUAGUAAUUAUAAAAAAAACCCAGAGUGAGGAAGAUAGACAGAUCUAUAAAAGUAGGCAGAAAGAGGCUAAGCAAGUUAUGAGAGCUUCCGAAUCACACACAGAAGAGAAAAUAGCACAGUCAGUAAAAAAAAGGGGACAAACAUUUUUUUAGAUACAUAAAUUAGAAAAGAGAAGUAAAACAAUAAUUAGUUAGAGUAAAAACAAGAGAAAGAAGGUAUGUAGAAGAGGAUAAAGGUCUAGCUAGCUGCCUCAACGAAUAUUUUUGUUCAAUAUUUACAGAUGAAAAUGAAGGAAAGGGGCCUCAGUUAGGAAAAAGGACAAAUUAGUAAUUUGUUACAUGUGAGUUUACAGAGGAAGGGGUUCAAUUUCAACUGUCAAAAGUAAAGACAAAUAAGUCAAUGGUACCUGAUGGAAUACACCUAAAUGUAUUAAAAGAGCUUAGUGGUGAACUAGCAAAACCAUUAACAGAUUUAUUUAACCAGUCAUUGUUAACAGGAGUGGUCCCAGAAGAUUUGAAGUUAGCGAAUGUUAUGCCCAUUCACAAGAAAGGUAAUAGGGAGGAGUCGGGCAAUUAUCGGCCAGAAAGCCUUACUUCAAGAAGAGACAGGGGGGAUAUGAUAGAAACAUUUAAAUAGAUAAAGAGAAUCAAAGGGGGAGACUAUAUUUAAAAGAAGAAAAACUACCACAACAAGAGAACAUAGUCUUAAAUUAGAGGGGCAAAGGUUUGAAAAUAAUAUCAGGAAGUAUUACUUUAUAGAGAGGGUAGUGGAUACAUGGAAUAGCCUUCCAGCUGAAGUGGUAGAGGUUAACACAGUAAAGGAGUUUAAGUAUGCGUGGGAUAGGCAUAAGGCUAUCCUAACUAUAAGAUAAGGCCAGGGACUAAUGAAGUAUUUAGAAAAUUGGGCAUACUAGAUUGGCCGAAUGGUUCUUAUCUGCCGUCACAUUCUAUGUUUCUAUGUUUCUAUAUAUAUAGUCCCUAAGAGGCACAUAUUUGUUAUGAAGUUACACUUAGUUGUUCUUUGGUUCCUACACCUGUUGGGACUUAUUUAGUAAAAAUAGAAAUUGUGGAUAUUUGAAAAGGAAAAUGUUAGAUGUAGGCAAUGGAGAGGAUAACUUUUAUAGUGUUCUUAAGAAUAUCCCCAAAAAAUGAAAGCAUUUACCCUUUCCCCAUUUUUACAAUUACAUGUUUAUGAUACUCUGAAUUCAUUUUUUUCCCACUGUUCUUCGCUAAUUAAAUUAAAUUGCACAUAAUCCUACAGAAAUUAAAAUACUAUAUGGUAUUGGAUAGGCAAUGUGUUUAACAAACGCUGUAUAAUUAGACAUGAUGAUUGGUGAUGAUUUCAGUACUUGAAUGAGAUGUCUUUUAAUUAUGCAAUGAAAGAGCUCUGUGUUUACAUGAAAAGGUAGUGGGCAGAGGAAAGUGUUUCGGCACAUGUUAAUCGUUUAACAGGAAGAGAGAGGAUAAUGGGUUAAGAACCAGUGUCCCUCCUGUAUCUUCAUAAACCCCUUGAUGCCUUUCUUCGUUUAACGUAUUCUAAGGCAAUUACAAUUACCAGCUUAAACUUUGUUAGCUUUUAACUUGGAUUAGUGAAUCAGUUGACACUGCAGAAUAGCAUCUAUGAAAAUUAAGAUAUUUUUUAUCAAUACUUUUCAUCUUGUAGUAUCCCCUUGUUAAUGUUGUUUUUUAAAUAUCAAAUAUGGCUUUAACCAUGCAUACUAAAUUGAGGAUUUGAGAGAAUAUAAAAUCAUUAUAUUAAAUUGUAUAGACAUAAAAACAAGCCACAGAGAAAAUUGCAGAAUUGAGAAUUCAAAUAGCAGUAUUAAAAACAGAAUAGGACAACAUAGGCCAAAUUACAUUUUAUGAAAAAAUUAUCCAGCUCAUCUACAGCCACAGUUUGGCAUUUUAGCCAGGUUUUGCAAUUCAAUUUAUAAUUUAAUAAAAUGUAGUGUUUAGAUCAGGAGCACCCAAAAGGUAGGUCCCCAGAUGUUUUAAAACUACAGCUUGAAUUAUGCUUUGUAAUUCUAAAGGCAUUAUAAAGACAUGCAAAACAUCAUUGGGAAUUGUAGUUCUACAACAUCUCGGGAUCUACCUUUUGGGAACCCCUGGUUUAGAUUAUAAAUCUUUUUGUAUAACUAUUCAUCCAAUAUACUAGGCAAUUCAAUAAGUCACCCUCAGUGUAUUCACAAUGAUCAAGUAGCAUUCUUUCAGAUGUUCUUUUCUGGCCAUGCCCAAACCCUAAAGCAAAUUCAUUUCUAGAGCAGUACAAUUAGAAUAGAAUUUCAGAUGCACUAGGACCCAGUAACCACAAGUCCAUGUUCCUGUUGCGUGUGUAAAAUACAAUACAUCUAAUGGAAAGUGUACAAUCUUUGUUAAUAAUUUCCCUUAAACUGUUACCCAAAAAUAAAUGGUUUCUUAGUUCUCUUGACUGGGCUGUUGCUGUGUUACAAUAAACAGUUAUUGUAUAGUCUUUUUAAUCAUGGCUGAGAGAUCUUUUGGAUCAUUUAACACUAAUGUCUAAGGAUGUCUGCUUUUCCUUCUUAUUCUUUUAAUCAUUUUACAGACUCAGGAUAUUUUGACUUGGAAUUUCCUUUUUACGGCUUUCUGCAUCAUAGCUGUUGCACAGAAUUGAUAAGGUCUGUUCCUUCGUAUUAUACUGUAGUUGAUAAACAACUAAUAAGCUAGUAUAGCCCUCAUGAGAAAAAAAAUUAAAUAAGUCAAUAUGAUAUAUAUAUAUAUAUAUAUAACAGUGUACAAGCAUACAUUUAAAGGCUAAAAAAAACAACAAUGGGUGAGAAUUCAAACAGGCUACAAACACUGAUAGCAAGGAAUACCCCAGUCCCUUACUGAUAAACAGAACAUGACAAUACAAAAUAUAAAUACAGGUUGUGCCAAAUAGAAAGUCCAAUAAUACAUCAAGUGCUUGUAAUGUGCUUUGCUGGUAAUCGUCCAGACUUUAGGUGAUUGGAGGUACAUGUAAUAAAACAGAAAAAUAAAUGGUGAUGGUGCAGAGUAUCUAGUGCUAGGUGCAGGACACACAACAAGCAAAUAUAUGGUAUAGCACUCACAUUUGAUAGAGCUAUAAAACCAGCCCUAGUAAAACAGCAUGUAGUGAUACAAUUCCCACUGAUGGAUAUGUAGCUCUAGGAGUCAGUCUCUCAGCAUAGAGGUGCAUAUAAAAAAUAUAAAAGGCAGACAAUAUUGCUUUCUGUAAAAUAUACAAUAAUUAGAAAAAAGAAUAAUCUACUCACAUUUAGUGGAGCAGUAGACACCACUCAGAUAUUAUUGCUUGGGUGGUAUGAUGCCCUAAACCAAUGUGUAGUUAACUGAAGUUCAGUGAAUGUCGAAACCUUUUUUGUAAUGCUUAAACAGACAUUAUAGGCACCCAGAUCACUUCAUCUCAUUGAAGUGGUCUGGGUGAAGUGCCCCUGUCCCUUUAAACCUGUAAUGGAAAACAUUGCAUUUUCAGAGACAGCCUUUAGAGGUGCUCCUGCAUUUUCACAGAGUUAAAGGGACACUAUAAUCACCAGAACAAGUACAGUAAAUGUAGUUUUUCUGGUGAGUAUAACCAUUCCCUUCAGACAUUUUCAUGCAAACACUGUCUUUUCAGAGAAAAGGGGCAUUGAUAGCACUGCCCACUAGGGACACCUCCAGUGGCCACUCUUCAGAUGGACACUGGAGAUGCUUCCUGGGGAAGUGCUGCACAGUAGGCAGCAUUGCCGUUCAGCGAGACACUGAAUUUUCCUCAUAGAGAUAAAUUGCAUUGAUUCAAUGCAUUUCUUUGAGGAGGUGCUGAUUGGCCAAAACAGUGUUUGGCCCCACCCCCACCCCACCUCUUUCUUGUAAAUUCUGAUGAUGUCACCAAUGUUGCGAGGAGGGGCCAAACACUGUUUUGGCCAGGCUUCCCCAAACUCCGGCCCUCCAGAUGUUGCUGAACUACAACUCCCAUGAUUCUCCGCAUAUCUAUGUCAUUCAUAGAAUCAUGGGAGUUGUAGUUCAGCAACAUCUGGAGGGCCAGAGUUUGGGGAAUCCUGGUUUUGGCCAAUCAUCACCUUCUCAUAGAAAUGUAUUGAAUCAAUGCAAUGCAUCUCUACGAGGAAAAUUUAGCGUCUCAAUGAACGGCAGUGCUGCCUAGAAAUAAGGUAGGUUUUAAUCCAUUUUAAGGGGGGUAAAGGGGGGCAAGCCAUCUAAAUUGUGGUUUAAACACUAUAGGGUCAAGAAUAGUUCCUUUAAACUAUUUGUUAGACGGUGUCCAGCAUCUUCAAUAUCUCCAUAGCAUUGAUUCAGGGUCUAAUGCACGCACGGCAUGACGUCGCUGGAGGAGGAGAUCGAUCUAGACCUUGGCACUGGAAAGUAAAUUUUGUUCACUACCUGUAAUGUUACUUUUUUCAUUGAUCUAUUUUUUUGCAGUUCUGAUUACACUACAAUGGUUUUCUAUAAAAAUACACUGAAUCUUCAACCAAAAUAUGAAAAUAAAAAGCUGAAUGUAACUUUCUGAAAGACUUUAGAGUUUAUAUAAGGAAAGGAAUGCCUGCAAGACACUGUGUUAAUUGAGGUACACACUAAGAUCCCUGCUUAAAGGAACAAUUGAAGCGCCAUAAACACUACAGAGCCCUUUAUUAGUUAUGGUGCCAGGAGUGAUCUGGCACCCCUCAAUGUAAGUAGUCAAAUCAUUUUAUAACAGUUUGACUUCCUACCUGGGGUCUGCUGGCCGUCACGCUUUGUCUUAGUGAGAGCCGGCGGCUCUCUGCCUGAACUAUACCUGGCAGCACAGGCCUGGGCUGGGCUCAGAGAAAUUAGUUGAUAAUCCCAGCAAAUAUGCUGGCCCUGCACUGCAGUGUUUAGCUCAGGACAGUUAAGGGAAGCAUCUAGCUGGAGUAAAAUUGUUCUAGGUAUAUUGAGGGGGUACCAGGACACUCUAGGCACCAUAACCACUAUUGUGUACUAUGUCCUACCAGCCUCUAGUUAUGCCACAGUAUUUAUAUAAUUCAAUAUAUUAUCAGAUUUCUGGAGUCCUAGAAUAAACGUUAAAACUCUAGCGAAGAAAGGAUGUAAAGGUGGGUUAGGCUUCCCGGUAAAAAGAGAAGUAUAUCUAGCUAAUAUGAUGGCUCCUAUUUAUAAAUGACAACUAACUGAUGCAAAGUUGGAAGUCUGGUAUAAAUUAGAAGCAGAUUCAGUGGAGGAAACACACCUAGAAUAUGUAUUAUGGCAAGAUAUCAGUGAUCAAGGGUUUACCUUUCCGAAUGGCUCAGUAAAUACGUUACAACAAACUAUAAACCAAUGGCAAUUAAUCAAGAAAUAGUUACAUCUUACAGAUAAAAUUUAUGGGGGCACUAAUAUACUAAUUUUAGAGAAGGUUAUGCCAGACCUAGCUCUCUCUAAUUGGAAACUUCCAAAAGAUACAAGUAUAGAUGAUAUUUGCAACAAUUCUAUUAUUCUUCCAUGAAAUGAUUUGGUAGCUAACUUUAAUGUACCAAGCCAGGGAAUAUUUAAUUAUUUACGAAUUAAGAGUUUUUUAAAAGAUCACCUAUUAACGCAAUCUGUUUAAAAAAAAAUUCAGUGGCAGUAAUGUGAAGAAGAUAUGCUCCAUUACCAGAUUUCUGGAGUCCUGUUAAACUUGUUUCAAGUUCAUAUUGCAGCUACUGCGCCUCACUUGUAAUUGUAUAAUGCUGAAUUUGUUCUACAUCUGCAUGCAUAAAAACAAUGCAGUAAUAUAAUUAUUAAUUCACAGUGUUGUCUAUGAACAUAAAUGGACUGUUUGUCUGAACUCCAGACGUAAUGACCUGCUGCUAUCCUGCUUUUGCCAGAAUUGUUAUCGUUCCCUGUCACAGUAUGUUCUAACGUUCGCGAUUACUUGGAGUCAGAGUAUAAAAUUCUUUGCUCACUGGAAACUUUGGUUACAGAAUUGUAGAGUUGUGCAUACUUGUACAUUGGUUGUACUUGGCAUUCAAUUUUCACUAUGAAAAAGUAAAUGGAUAUGACAGGUACCUUUGGACAUUUACAUUACUUUGGCAUAAUUAGUUGGAAACGGAAAGGCAUGAUUUUAUUAAAGGUCCAGAGACUCAUGUUAUGCUUUUCUUAUACUUCCAAUAACAGCAAAGACAAAACAAUUACAAUACUUAAACACUUAGAACAACAGUAGGUAAUGGACAUGUUCAGUUAGUGACAUCACUCCCUCCCACCAAUCAUCUCUCAGCAUUUGCCCAAUAUAACAGUGUUACAUUCUUCCUUAUUUGUAGUUGAAUUAUCCUUAAAUGGACACUCUAAGAACCAAAACCUAUCCCUUUUAUUGCAGUACAAGGAUGCUGUCCCUUUUCUCUGUCACUGUAAAUCACUGGUGUUUCUGAAACUGUUUAUAUUUGGUUGAAAACAUGUUUUUUUAGUCACUGUUAGAAAGAGAUCCACUUCAUAGUCUUACUAAUCAGCAUCAGCAAUCUAUUGUUCAUAUAUAAAUGCACAUAUUGCUCCCCAACCUACUCUGGUGGCAUUUGAUUUAAUAAUGAAGUCUGGAAUUAUCCUGAAUAUUCAAUUUCACUACUCCAUGUGUUGAGAGGCUGAUAGCAAACCUAUUAUUCUGGCCAAAUAUCUCAACAUCAUGAGUGAUUUCUUCAUGGUACUCCAAAUUUCUUUUUUGAGUAACAUUACUUUUAAAUUUUUAAGACUGAUGGUUUUCCAGACAGCCACCCCAAGAUGGCUGCCACUGUCUAAGCCAAAUAAAAGAAAAUUGGGGACAGGAUAACUGUAAUAAACUAAAGAAAAAAAAAUGACCAAAGCAACUGAAUAUAGGUAAUAUUUAAAUCUAAAAUAUAAUACACACAAUGCAGAAAUACUAUGCCAGCAAUGUCUCUGGUUGGUUUUUUUUUUUUUGUCUUUUAGAUACCUAUUGCAAAUUUUGCGCUCUUUGACCUACUAUUGUGAUCUUUGCUUUGCCUUAGAAGGAGGGGAUGAUGUACCAAACAGUGCAUAUUAGCUAGUACAAUAUUAUACAUCAUUGCCAGUCCCAAUGACCCCCUGUUUUUGUGCAGAAGCCUGUGUAACUUACUGUCAUAUUGUGGACUCUGUCAUCAUAAUAAGACUGCUAUUGCACUGCUAUUUUAUGUUACAUUAUGUUAUUCUACAUUAACAUUGUAUCCCUCUUAUUUAUAAGUAAUCAUAUACUAUUUAAAAAAAAAAUGUUUUUAUCAAUGUGCCUUUUAGUGUAUUAUACUCUACUUUGGUUUUGAUUGGAAGAUUGUGUUAAAUUGUUAAUGCUGUAUUUUGAUGCUGAGUUAGCUUUUUUUAGUGUUUGUUUUUUGUUUUUUUACUCAUAGCUAGUUUUUUAUGAAUUGUUUGUUUUUUAAGUCGUGCUGUGACUUUACCUAGAUACCAGCUCCUGGUCCAUAAUAUGGUUUUUAACUUGUACGUUCGCUGCACAAUAUAUAACUACUGCAGAAACCUCUGAGGUAAUACAUGAAAAGCAAUACUCAUUUAUUUGAAGCAGAAUCAAUGAAUGAGCUUGUUGUAAUAUUGGCACUGUUAUUAAAAAGGGGACUGCAUCCUUAUACUACACUGAAAGGAAAAGGAUUUGGUUCUUAUAGUGUCCCUUUAAGAAGAAUUUAACUCUGUUAUUUGUAGCCUAUGCUGAGAGGUGAUUGGUGAGUGAGAGUGAUGUCACUUUCUGUACCUGUACAAUCAGUAUCUGUACUUUUGAUGUAUUAUACUUGUACUUUACUUAUAUGUAUUAUACUAUUUUUUGCUCUUGGCUUCUGUUGGAAAUGAAAGAAAAAGAUAAGCAUAAUAUAAGUCUCUCUAAUCAAAUUGGGAGUUAAGCGAGUGAAUACUGAGUAAAGUUAAAGGGACGCCCCAGGCAUACUUUGGGCACCAACACAUGAGCAUUUAUUAGAUAGACAGACAGACAGACAAAUAGAUCUAAUGAAUUCUUACAUAUUUCUGUUAAUGUUGUUUGUCACUCUCAAGAGUUUCAACACUUGUUUGGCUUCAGUCUGGUGUCUACAUUAGGCAAGAGCAUUAUUUUUUUUAGCAAUUAAGUGUCCGUACUAGUAUCCCUAGGCAGCAUACCUCACCAUACAUAGCAAGGAAACUCAAGAGCUAAUGGGGAACUUCUGAACUGUUACAUUAAAUCGUAUUACUUCCUAAGCGUACUUAAAGUGUAUUUUGAGAAAAUAUGCAACAUUUGGAAGAGUUUAAUAAUAAAUAAGAAUAAUAAAACAAAUUUAAAUAGAGAGCUAUCUUAACACAUUAACGAUAGGGAGAAUAAGAAUAAAGUAUUUGGCGGUAUUCAGGUAGAAGACAGUUUAAAUUCUCCAGGACCCGGUCGAGUCAGGAUAAGUAAAAAGACAUGGGAAUGACAUGGAAAAUGUUAAGUGGAAAUAAGACCUGGUAAAUGCUGGAUUGCUGGAUAUAUAUAUAUUAAAAAUGGGUGGGGGAGCAGGAAUGGUUUAGUACUUAAAGUUACAGCUCACUGCAGGAAACGGUGGAUGUCUUGGUGAGAUGACAUCAAUGCAGAUAAAAGUACUGAGAAAAAAAAUAUAUAGAAACAGGGACUAAUGCUGUGGGUGGUGCCGAGUAAAACACAAGUGUAGUAAAGCAUUUGCAGUGAAUUCAGACAAAAGUAUAUGUUCAUUGAAGCAUAUGAUCCAUUUUCUCAGUUAUGUACUGCUUUUAGAUAGUCACCUUAACCACUUAAGGACCAAACUUAUGUAAUAAAAGGGAAUCAUGACGUCACACAUGUCAUGUGUCCUUAAGGGGUGAAAGGUCUAGUCUAACCAUCAUAAUUUAAAAUGUUAUGGUACAUAGAGUAUCAUGCAGUCUGUUUCACUGCUCAGAGUUAUAUAUAGCUCCAGAAUUUGUCAAAUAUUACUCUAACUAUAAGCCUGCCACCCUGGCUCUGAGACAGUAAUAUAGGAAUGUUUUUUUUCUGUGCUUAUUUGUUUUAAGGUUUUAAUGCAUUGUCUAGACAUUUAAAGUUGCACACAAAUAUAAUGCAGUCACAAUAACAGAAAAAAGGUUGUUUAAUGAAUAUAACAAUUUUUGCUUAAAGUUUAGAGUGCGUUGCUUUGUUUGUAAAAUUUGCAUGGUAACAUUUUUCUUUCGCUAGACAAUGGCACAUAGAUUCAUUAUGUACAGUGGAAUGUACUAAGUGGUGUUUGCAUAAAUAUCCAAGAGAGCUAGGGACUAUUGAUGAAGCAAAUGCUUUGGGGCAUAGGUUAGGACCUUGCAGUAAGGAGGUUAAAAGGUUGAUGGGAGAAAAUAUUUCUACUUCCUUCCAACCUUAGUGAGCAUCACUUAUACUUCUAAGUAGCAAAAAGCGUGCAAAAAGUUAGUAAGUUAGAAUGCCAUUGCAGAGUCUGCGUAUUUUUUAUAAAAAGGUGAAAACAAGUUAUAUCUCAAGCACAGUAUUUCAAAUUCCAAUUUAGAUAUCAUGUGCGUCAUCCAAGGGAAAAUUGUGUCGCCAAAAUAAUUAUUUUGUGUUGUUGUCCAUCGUAUGGUAAGUGUAAACCUGCUCUUUCCUAAUGUUUACAAAUGAAACCUUUUGUAUAAUCUCUAUGUCUCAGACUGUUUUCAGAUGUCAAUGGGAGAGAAAACUUUGUUUCUUCAAUAUGAUUUGCUCUGUGUUUUCUGCUUGGAGCAUUGCUUACUUAAUUAGCAUAAAAUUGUAUCCACGGAAAUUAAAUAGUACACUUUUCAAUGAAUAACAAGUUAUAGAGACUUGCGAAUCAAACUACCAAAUUUAGGCCAAUAUAGAAUAGUUAUACAAAAAUCUCCAGCUGAGCUGAACUACGAAUUAUUUCUACGUACAACUACUGAAGUCUAAAUUGUGCAAGAUGGUUUGUCAAGUGGCCAAAACAUGACCUUUUUUUUUUUUUUUAACAAAUUCUGAAUGUUUUGUGUACUUUAGUCUACCUCCCAAGUGCUGUGCUUUAGAAGAGGCAGUUACUCUUUUAAAACCCAAAUAAUCGUGUCUUCUCUCUUCCUGGCCCUUUAUUCUAGGAUUUCAGAAUAAAUUAUGUGGGAGUGAAUUACUGUAGGGUAAUUCAAAGGUUGUGGAAAAAAAAAUUGAAACCACGCAAAUACCUAUAGGAUGUGUUAAUACAUUUAAAGAUGGGUGCUUUUAAUAAGAUAGAUGAGUAAGGUAACAUAUCAUAGAUACUCCCAUUGGAUUAGAUAAUGGUACUAAGGAGAUACAUUUAUAAUUACACAAUUUACUGGUACUUAGCUGGUUCCUGGCAUUUGACUCUGUGUGUUUAGAUUGUAAUACAAGCUUUAUAGAUUUGUUUCUGUAUGUAAAAAUAUUUUGUACUUCUUUGAAAUAAGAUACUAAAUUAGAAAUUUAGGGUCAAAAAUUCUCGUUAUGAAAAUGUAAUUUUGCCUCUUUAUAAAUCGCUGGUAAGACCACACCUUGAAUAUGCUGCGCAACUUUUGACACCUGUUCUAAAGAAGGAUAUCAUGGCACUAGAAAAAGUACAAAGACAAGCUACAAAAUUGAUAAAAUGAAUAGAGCAUUUUAGUUACGAAGAAAAGUUAAACAUUUUUAAUCUCUUUAGUUUGGAAAAACGGUGCCUCAGAUGGGAUAUGAUAACAUUAUACAUACAUAUUCAGGGCCAUUACAAACCUUUAUCUGGAAAUCUAUAAAUAAACAGGGCUAUACAUAAGACACAAGGUCACGCAUUUAGGUUGGAAGAAAGGAGAUUUCAUCUAAGGCAAAGAAAAGGGUUUUUUUUACCGUAAGAGCAAUAAGGCUAUGGAAUUCUCUGCCUGAAGAGGUGGUUUUAUAAGAGUCCAUACAGAUGUUUAAACAGCAAUUGGAUAAAUACUUACAAAAACAUAACAUAAAGGGAUAUAAGUUCUAAUUAGUGGGGUAAUAGCUGCUUGAUCCAAGGAGACAUCUGACUGCUAUUUUGCGGUCAAGAAGGAAUUUUUCCCUAGUUUGUUGCAAAAUUGGAAGCGCUUCAGACUAGGUUUUUUGCCUUCUUUUGGAUUAACAGCAAAAACAUAUGUGAGGAAGGCUGAACUUGAUGGACGCAAGUCUCUUUUCAGCUAUGUAACUAUGUAAUUGCCAUGAAUUCAAAGUGAAUUUUACAUUAAUGCCCAAAAGCUUCAAACUGGACAAAUUCUCCAAAUCAUCUCUAUUUCCAUUUCAGCUACUUUGACCUUAAAAUUGAAAUUCACUUUGAAUUCCUGACAAUUCUCACUUUAGUAAAUAACCCUGUAAGUCACAAAAUCAAUUUAAAAUUAUCUGCAACACCAGUCUCAAACCGAACAUUUUUAUACAAUGCUCCAAGAACAAAUGUGUUCCCUGGCUACAUUGCGUCUGUGAACAGCUUGGCACAUGUUUACUGAACUAUUCAUAAAGAAUGAACCAUCCCAAAAUAAAUGUCAUAUGCUCAUAGACAAUUAUUGUUUUUUCCAUUUUCCAGUUUUUGAGGUCCUAGGUAGAAAAAAACACAAAAUUCAUGAAAAUCCUAAUGCAAACCACAAUAUGAAAAUCAUUUCCUGACCUCCAAUACCAAGUAGACUUGGGAGUAAUGUAAAGCUUGAAAUCUAGAACAUAGAACAUAGGUAUUUGCAGGCUGACAUUUGCCUUUGGGCUCUUUCGCAAGACUUUAAUUGAAGACGUAAUACGAAACUAUGAAACACAAAAACAAGGAAGAUGUUAUUUAUGCACCAAGAAAACCGUACAGACUCAAAGUCAGUUAAAACUCAAGUUAUUAAAAUGAGGCAAACAUCAAAAUAGGCGCCAGUUUAAUAGGCUUCCUAAAUGAUUCAACACUGUAAGAAAAAUUUCCAAUGAGACUUGGAAAAUUGAGGUCGUAAUGGUAUAGAAAUGGUAUAGAAAGACCAAUUAGUCUUAAAAAAAUCAACAACCACAAAUAAUCAACACAAAACUGUAUUACAUGCUAUUAUACAUCCGGGGCAUACUUAAAAACUAGAUAAACUCAAUACUCAAUGUAUUCUUCCUGGUAAAAUAUUUUGUAAAUAAAUAAAGUAUACCUAAAUAACACAGAAAAUUGUUGUGAGUGGAAUCAAGUAUUUCUAAUCAAUAUGGAAGAGGUUUGAAAAGCAGACCACAGAUUAAUUUAUUAAACAGAUGUACAAUAACAAAAAUUUGGUUAGAAUGUUAUGUGACAUUCAGAUACUACAUUUGAUCAUUGUACUUCUAGACUUGGAUGACCAGUAUCUACAAAGUAGGUGUGUCCAAUAAAUAUGAUGGAGUGGACAUGUUGUACAUACCUUCAAAAUCUGGAAAUGUGUUGGUUGCGAAAACUGAUUAAACAAAUAUUAUAUAGUCCGAUAUAAACAGAGUUUUUUUUUUAUAUAUUGUAAUUAAUAUUGUAGUACUUGAUGUAUUUUUAUUGUAAUGACAAAUGACAUUUUCCAGUAUAAAUAGUUUUCCACUUUGUCUAUACAGGUGUUUUGGUUAAACUACGUUUGUUUUUGAUAUUAUAAUAUCAAAUUAAUAUACUGUUUCAUAGAUUAGAGAACCAGUAUGAGAUUUAAUUUUGCUUCCAAGAAUUAGGACUUCUUAUGGACUAGCCUUCACAAUAUAUCACAGUCCUCAUUAGUAUUACACAUGUACUAUAUUCCUCACAUGCAAUAAAAUUUGGCUUUGCUGGUGUAUUUUCUGUCCGAGCAGUUGUUUACCUGAAUAUGUAAUACAACCCAUCACAUCUACAAAACAAGCAGGUUCUUGAAAUCUGUAGGGAUACAAAUGCUAAAUGGCUUAUUUAACAUGCUGAAUUGGCUCUUACAAGGAAGAAUGUGUGCAUAAUAAAUCAGACAUUACCUUGAGAGUGCAUUAGAUACAUUGUGUGCCAUUUGUUUUUCCAUUAUAGCUUUACAUUACUUCCUGAUGACAUUAGCUGUUAUUACUACCUUCUUAAAAGAAAUACAGUUAGACUAAGCAUUUCAUAUAUUUAUAUAAACCAGGGUAUAUUGCAAAGCUUGGCUGCAACUGAUAUUAUAAAUCACUGUAAGGGCAUUAUAGUGAAUUGGGUAAGCCACGGUUAAAUGCGUACCUUGUGUAUGGACACUGGAGCAUAACCACACUAAAGAGAUGAUGCAUGAGAUGAUACUUUAAAUGUAACAAUCUAUUCCAUGGGGUUUAUUCUGUGUGAGCAAGGCCCUCAAUACUUCUUGUAUUCCCUGUCUGAGUGGUUGAUAAGGUUCAUUAAUAAACCAGCCUUUUUUUCUUGUCUGUUCUUGUAAGCAUAAACCUUGAUUUGUUUCCAAGAGAUUUAGUUUUCAAUCUGAAGUUACAAGCAAACCCUGUGAUAAUUAAGAGUUGGUCACUGUUUCUUCUAUAGCAUUUAUGGGUCAUUUAUCACUAGGUAAUUGAAACCAAACAUAAAGUUCUUCAAUACCUUCCAAAUGGUGAUUAUCUCACAUUUCAUGGAAAAUGGGGGUUGGCGGUGCUGUUAAAAUCGUGACUAUUUACUAAAUAAAACUCCUUAACCACUUUUUCUUUUGUUUAAUUCAACAGCUUCUAGCCCAGCGGUGGCCCUUCGAUCAGUCUCCUGUUGGAGAAUUACUUUGCAAACUUGUGCCGUUCAUACAAAAAGCCUCAGUUGGAAUUACCGUCCUCAAUUUGUGUGCCCUGAGUGUGGACAGGUAAAUUUUACGUUUUCAUUUUGUAGAUGAUUUUAAAUAAAGUCCCCAGAGACAGUUUUGAUUGGCCGAAUUACACAUGGCUACAACACUUGUUUCUGAAUAAAUUAUUUAACCAGAUUGAGCACACCUCAGCGAAGCAGAGACUACCUCUUUUACAGCAUACAAAAGACCCAGGUGGUUUUUCAGUGUUCAUAAUGGCAGGGUUAAAGGAAGAUCUAAUUGCCUAAAGCCUAAUGUUUCCACCUAAGUCUUAUCUCUACUCUUUCUCCUUUCCCUUGACCAUGCCUUUAUGUUGUUCUCUCCUCUCAUAGAAUCAUAGAAUCAUAGAAUGUGACUGCAGAUAAGAACCAUUCGGCCCAUCUAGUCUGCCCAAUUUUCUAAAUACUUUCAUUAGUCCCUAGCCUUAUCUUAUAGUUAGGAUAGCCUUAUGCCUAUCCCACGCAUGCUUAAACUCCUUUACUGUGUUAACCUCUACUACUUCAGCUGGAAGGCUAUUCCAUGCAUCCACUUCCCUCUCAGUAAAGUAAUACUUCCUGAUAUUAUUUUUGAACCUUUGUCCCUUUAAAUUUAAGACUAUGUGGUAGUUUUUCUUCUUUUAAAUAUAGUUUCCUCCUUUACUGUGUUGAUUCCCUUUAUGUAUUUAAAUGUUUCUAUCAUAUCCCCCCUGUCUCGUCUUUCCUCCAAGCUAUACAUGUUAAGAUCCUUUAAACUUUCCUGGUAAGUUUUAUCCCGCAAUCCAUGAACCAGUUUAGUAUCCCUUCUCUGAACCCUCUCCAAGGUAUCAAUAUCCUUCUGAAGAUACGGUCUCCAGUACUGCGUACAAUACUCCAAGUGAGGUCUCACCAGUGUUCUGUACAAUGGCAUGAGCACUUCCCUCUUUCUACUGCUAAUACCUCUCCCUAUACAACCAAGCAUUCUGCUAGCAUUUCCUGCUGCUCUAUUACAUUGUCUGCCUACCUUUAAGUCAUCAGAAAUAAUCACCCCUAAAUCCCUUUCCUCAGAUGUUGAGGUUAGGACUCUAUCAAAUAUUCUGUACUCUGCCCUUGGGUUUUUACGUCCAAGAUGCAUUAUCUUGCACUUAUCCACAUUAAAUGUCAGUUGCCACAAUUCUGACCAUUUUUCUAGUUUACCUAAAUCAUUUGUCAUUUGGCUUAUCCCUCCUGGAACAUCAACCCUGUUACAUAUCUUAGUAUCAUCAGCAAAAAGACAUACCUUACCAUCAAGACCUUCUGCAAUAUCACUAAUAAAAAUAUUAAAGAGAAUGGGUCCAAGUACAGAUCCCUGAGGUACCCCACUGGUGACAAGUCCAAGCUUCGAAUAUAUUCCAUUAACUACAACCCUCUGUUGCCUGUCACUCAGCCACUGCCUUACCCAUUCAACAAUAUUGGAAUCCAAACUUAAAGAUUGCAGUUUAUUGAUAAGCCUUCUAUGUGCAACAGUGUCAAAAGCCUUACUGAAAUCUAGGUAAGCAAUGUCUACUGCACCACCCUGAUCUAUAAUUUUAGUUACCCAAUCAAAAAAAAUCAAUACGAUUAGUUUGGCAUGAUCUCCCUGAAGUAAACUCAUGUUGUCUCUGAUCUUGAAAUCCAUGUGUUUUUAGAUGUUAAACAAUCCCAUCCUUUAACAUGGUUUCCAUCACUUUCCCCACUACUGAAGUAAGGCUUACGGGCCUAUAGUUGCCCGACUCCUCCCUAUUACCUUUCUUGUAAAUGGGCACAACAUUCGCUAACUUCCAAUCUUCUGGGACUACUCCUGUUAACAAUGAUUGGUUAAAUAAAUCUAUUAAUGGUUUUGCUAGUACACCACUAAACUCUUUUAAUAGCUUUGGGUGUAUUCCAUCAGGUCCCAUUGACCUAUUUGUCUUCACUUUUGACAAUUGAAAUAGAACCUCUUCCUCUGUAAACUCACGUGUAAUAAAUGACUAAUUUAUCCUUUUUCUUAACUGAGGUCCCUUUCCUUCAUUUUCAUCUGUAAAUACAGAACAAAAAUAUUCAUUGAGGCAGUCAGCUAGACCUUUAUCCUCUUCUACAUACCUUCCUUCUUUUGUUUUUAAUCUAACUAAUCCUUGUUUUACUUUUCUUUUCUCAUUUAUGUAUCUAAAAAAAGUUUUGUCCCCCUUUUUUACUGACUGUGCUAUUGUCUCUUCUGUGUGUGAUUUGGAAGCUCUUAUAACUUGCUUAGCCUCUUUCUGCCUAAUCUUAUAGAUCAUUUUGUCUUCAAGCCUAAUGCAAUUUUUUGUUGCCUUCAAUAGUGCAACUUUUAAAUAAUCCCAUUUCUCUUGGACUCCAUUUAAAUUGCUCCAUUCUGAUAAUGACUCCUCUACACAUAUUCUAAUUUUAGAAAAAUCUGUUUUUCUAAAGUCUAAAACUUUUGUUUUUGUGUGGUGUGACUCAGUCACUGUUCUUAUAUUAAACCACACUGACUGAUGAUCACUGGAUCCUAAACUUUCACCUACAGUAAUAUCUGAUACCAAAUCUCCAUUUGUUAACACUAAAUCUAGUAUGGCCUCUUUACGAGUUGGCUCCUCAACAAAUUGAUUUAGAGACAAUCCCAGUAGGGAGUUUAGAAUAUGUGUGCUCCUGGCACAAGUAGCUAAUUUUGUUUUCCAAUUUACAUCAGGAAGAUUAAAGUCACCCAUGAUGAUAACUUCCCCCUUCAUUGUCAUUUUUGCUAUUUCCUCAACUAGUAGCUUAUCUAACUCUUUAAUUUGUGAUUACCAAAUUCUAACGUAACCCAAAGAGACUCUAUGUUCGCCUCACUAACUUUUAUUAGGCUAGAUUUUAUGCUAUCCUUCACAUAUAGGGCCAUCCCUCCCCCUUUCUUGCCUUCCCUAUCUUUUCUAUAUAAAGAGUACCCUGAUAUUGCUAUGUCCCAGUAAUUUUUCUCAUUAUACCAUGUCUCAGUAACAGCAACUAAAUCUACACUAUCAAUUGCCUCUCAAAGCACGUACCCAUGCUUACUCCAUUCUAUGUCACCCAGUUUUUCUCCUAAUAUCUUUUAUUUGGUCUCCUAUUCCUGUCAAAACCUCUGCCCCAUGGACCUUGUCCUUCACAGCCUCUGUGUCUCUUUUCUGUCAUCUAGUCUCUCCAUCAUCCUCUACAUCUGCUACCACGCUAUUCUGCCCCUUCUUUCACAAUUAUAGUACUCUAAUCUUCUACACACAUAUGCCCCAGGUUUGUCCACACACCACCAAUUCACAUAAAAUCCCUACUCCUUUGUCCUCUAAAUUUCUGCUCAACUACCUAAAUUUUGUUCCCCUGUUUUCUCACUAUUCUUCUUUUCCUUUUACAUCUUAUCUCUGGGAUCUCUCUCCUCUUCAACUUUGCUCCUUAGUUCAUCCCACCUCCAGGGCCGGAUUUACCCGAUAUCCUGCCCCAAAGCCAGUUAAAUGAAUGUACCCCAAUCCUCUGUUCUUUCAUACAUACAUACAUACAUACAUAUUUGCAAAUAUUUUGAUGCAUAUGAUUGGAUAGGUUAAUGAGACUAGUUUGAGGUAUGUGCUUGGAUUGGCGAAUGUGACUGGUUUGAGGUAUGUGAUUUUGGGGUAUUUGAUUGGAUGUGUAAAGGUGAGUAGUUUGAGGAAUGAUUGGAUGAUGAAUGGUUGAAUGAUUAGUGGGACAGUGCUAGGAGAGGGGUGCCUAUGUUUUUUGGAGGCUGCCUGAGAUGUUGCAGGUGUGUGGGAAAGCUGCUUGCUUAGUUGCAUGUUUGUGGAGACUCUGCUUGUGGAGGUGCAUGUGUGGUGGCUAUUUGUGUUGUUGCUUUUUUUGAAGACAUUGCUUGUGGGAUUGUGUGUGAUUGGAUGGGGCUGUUUAUGGUAUAAUAUCUGUGUUCAUAUGAAUAAGGGCUGUAUGUGGAUAGCAGCGGUACUGUGUGUGUUUAAGAGAGAUAGGGGCUAUAAACUAUGUUUGGGGAAACUGGAGCUGUAGUGUGUGUAUAGGGGGAGUUGUAGCUGUAUUAUCUUUAUUUGUGUGAUGCAAAACUAGGGUCAUUGUGGGUGAGGGAACUGUGGCUGUAGUAAGUGUGUGUGCAGAAAUUAGGAGAGUUGCGUGUGUGUGCAGGGUUGGUACAUCCUAUAGGCUGAUUAGGCAGCCACCUAGGGCACUUCUUAAGCGAGGGUGCUGGCAUCAGUGAAACUGCUGUUUGAGCCGCCCCUUUAUGUGGGUCAAAUUGUGUAUUGCAUGCCGCAGGUCAAGUACUAGGGAGCACUUACAUAGCUGCAGACUAGCACCUGGUGCCAUCAACCUCAGCCCGCAAAGAUCAUAUAGAGCCGGAACCCCCUACACACCUCAUAUGCCGGCAGCGCAUAGGUGCAUCGUACAAUCGCUCCCACCUCUUGUCCUGUACUCGGGGUCAAGUGGUGUGAGGAUAGCGGGGGCGGAGCUGAGAGAGAUUGACAGCAGCCAGGCCUGGAAUGGGAACUACAUAGAGACCAUAUGAAAUGAAGGCAAGAGGGGGACUUCAUGGUGUGUGUGUCAGCCUGUUUCAGUUAGUAUGUUUGUGUGUGCUUGGAUCAGUGCGUGUGUCUGUUGGGUCAGUGUGUGUGUCUGCUUUGGUGUGUCUGUGUUUGUGUGUCUAGAUCAGUGUGUGUGUGUGUCUGCUUGAGUCAGCGUGUGCCUGUGUGUCUGGAUCAAUGUGUGUGUGGAUCAGUGUGUGUGCUUGGGUCAGUGUGUGUGUCUACUUGGGACUGUAUGUGUGUAUGUGUGUGUGUGUUUGGGUCUGUGUGUGUGUCUGCUUGGAUCUCUGUGUAUGUAAGUCUACAUGAAUCAGUGUGUGUGUGUAUGGGUAAACUGGGGUUGUUGUGUGUGAAGGAAUUGGGGCUGUAGUGUUGGGGGAUUGAGGCUGUAGUUAGUAUGAAAUUGGGGCUGUAGUGGAUGUGUAUAUUAGGGUUAGGGCUGUAGUGUAUGUGUGAUGGUUAAAGUUGUGUAUGUUGGGGGAUAGAGGGACUUUAAUAUGUGUUAGGGAGUGAUUAGGGCUGCUGGGAUCUGUAACGUGGAAGGGAGCUAUAUUAAAAAAAUAUUUUAAAAAGUGAUGUUUGAAUAUUUUAAAAAGUGAUGUCACUCUUGCUUACCUUGGGCCAGGAAGGGGGGAAGGCUAACACCUGCUAGUCUAGUGGGUUAAUCACCUGGACUGCACCCUUGACAGAUAGAUCACAUGUAUUGCUCCUUCCACCAGAAUGUAGACUUGGUAUCCCGGGGGUGGAGACCACAAGAUCCAUCCAGAUCCAUGGCUUAUAUCUAAUAGUAUAUAUUACUGUGAAGCUCUGUAAAAUGCUCAUGUGUACUGCAUAUUAAUGUAGAGCUCUAUUAUACACUUGUAUGCACUCAUAUUACUUUUGAUGUCUUUUGAUAUCGAUAAUAUACUCAUAUUCACUCAUGCGUCCCAACAAUUUUAAUUUUCUGCUUUAAUUCCCUGGUGUCCCCAAAUAUACUUUAUCAAGUAUUUCUCUUCAGAAUCUCACCAAUACCCCCCAUUAUCCUUAUACAAAGGAUCGGGAGGGUUGUGCAUAGUAAUUGCCUGAUUAACCAUCGCUGAAUAUACAUGUGGGAAACCUGGCAAUUUAAGCUAUAUAUCAAAUGAUCUUUAUGCCAUCCUUGCUGGUGGCUGGCGAGAACCAUAAGAGAUCUUGGUCAACAAUACCUGGGAGGGUCUGGGAGGGAGGGUCUGCUGCUGAUUGGCUGGAAUGUGUCUGCUGACUGUGAGGUACAGGGUCAAAGUUUACUCAAUGAUGAGUCCGUGGCGAACCGUUCGUGGCGAACCAUUCACGAACCGUUCGGCGAACCGUUCGGGACAUCACUAAUGCCCAGGUAUUGUUGACCAAGAUCUCUUAUGGUUCUCGCCAGCCACCAGCAAGGAUGGCAUAAAGAUCAUUUGAUAUAUAGCUUAAAUUGCCAGGUUUCCCACAUGUAUAUUCAGCGAUGGUUAAUCAGGCAAUUACUAUGCACAACCCUCCCGAACCGUUCGGGACAUCACUACUGGGCAUCUACUGGUGAUGCUCCACUUGAAAUGUACAUUUCUGCUCUGAUGUUAUUGAUUAUAAAAUCUACUACACUAGUAAUGCUUCUUUACCCAGUUAUCUGAUUCCUUCAUAUUCCUGUCACGGCUCUUCCAGAUGUAGCAAGUUAUCAACAAAAUGCUGCAGUGUGUUUUUCAUUAUUACUUUAGGAUAGGAGACAGAGUAAUGAUAGAACAUGUUUUAACCAGAACACAUCCGACCAUCUGUUAACACUCAGACAACAACUUCUAACAUGAUUUUCAAGAGCACAUAAACACGAACAGAGAUGAUUUGGCAGGAGGCAUGCAUAUUGGCAUUGAAAUAGGAUUAACUGCUAUUUCCUAAUCAUUUUUACUUCCUAUUUUAUUUUUUAAUUUAAUAAUUUUUGAGAUGGUAAAAGGUGUUAGCUAUUCCUUAAAGGCUUUAUUUAGAGAUUUCAUUCUAUGAUAGACUGAGUAGUUUUGUAGAAACUUUGGUGAAUCCAUUUUUCAGCAAUCCCUUUCACACACCAUCUCAUAGUAGCCUCCAGCUGACUAAUAAAGUUAAGGUCAUACAACUGAAUAUAGUGUAAUUGUAAUUUUAUUUAAAGCUUUACAAAUGAGAUAUUAUUAUAUAUCCCAAUAUAAAUAAAUAAGGGUUGUGAAAAAGUGUGGGGGUGGAAGUGAAACCUAGUCAGCAAAAUGCUAGCUCAAAUCUACUGCUCUUCAGGGUCUAGCAGAUAAGAGUAUGCUGAAGAUGGGCAUUGUAAGAAUCUCAACCAGUAAAACCAUGUUUGGAUAUAUUUUACAUGUGUCUCUAGGGCAGAGGAAAGUAACCUUUACCACUCCAGAUGUUGUGGACCUCAUUUCCCCUGAUGCUUUGCCAGCCAAAUUGUUGUAAGAGCAUUAUGGUAAAUGUAGUCUAAAACAUCUGGAGUGCCAAAGGUUACCACAACAUCUGGGGUGCCAGAGAUUACCUGCACCUGCCCUAGGGCAUGAGAUUGAAAGCUUUCAACUUCCCUCAAUGACUACUUGAACUAAGCCCUGAAGUGGAGUGGUAAUAGGUUUGUGCAAAAAUCUAUGGAUUAUUAACUUAACUGCACUACUUAAUCUGAUUUGAAAAUGCGUCACAGAGCACUUUUGGUGAUGUUCUUGGAGCAAUUCCACGAAAUGUACUGCAGUGAUCCAACAUACAAGGAGUUGACCCUUUUUAAGGCAUCGGCAUCCAAAGGAUCAAAGGAACACUAGUUAAACAAAGUAUAUAUAUGUAUAUGUAUAUUUCUUUUUAUUAGCUGUGUUCCUUUAUGACUUUACUUUACUGUCUCCCUUUUAAACAAAAUAAAAAUCAAUACUGAACUUUUUUUUUGUUUCUAGCAGGGAAGCAUUAAAGAUACACUUUACAGGUGUGGCAGUCACAUCAAUCAACCAACCCAGUACAUCUCUAUGAAAAGCUUUGCUGUUCAUAUAGAAGCAUUGGGCACAUACAGUGUCUGAUGUCAACCUGCAUUGCAUGCUGAUGCAAGAUGUCAAAAAGAUAAAAUUUUUGAAUCUAUUUCAGUGUAAAGCCACUGGUGUUUGACAUCCACCAGGAGACAUGGAAUUUGCAAAUUGUUAAAAGUGCUAUUUCUCAGAAAUUAAUAUUGUUAAAAAGGCACAAUUUAUAACAGCAAUGCUGAAAGAGCGGCAACUGUUUCCCCAAAUCACUACUUUAAGAAGAAGAUAUUUGGUGCUUAGAAUGCUUCUUUUAAAAAAGUGGAAAAUAAGCUUUUAAAAAAGACUCUUACUUUCUCUUUUUUAGUAUUAAUGAGCCAAGUUCGAGUGAAUAGCUCAGAUUAGAUUGUUGAGUAGCUUCGGCCAUGUCUUCAUGAAUAAAGAUAAUUGCAAUCAGUUAUGUUCAGUCAAUUCCACUACUGGUAGGAGGCUUUUUCACAGAAAGCUAUGAGAAAGCUCAUGCAAAUUGCUAAGGAUUUGCAUGGCAUUCACAUCACAGUAAAAUAAUGCACUUUUCACAUCGCCAUAGCAACAUUAGAAUAAUGAUGGGAGACAGGAAGGCUUAUUGCUCAUACCUUUGCAAAAAGCAAGGUUGUUAUGGUGCUUGAAGUAUGCUUUAAAGCCCUUUCAAGGUGCUGAACAUUUUACACAUACAUUUAUGAAUAAUAAAGAAAUACAGCUUUAUAUUUCCAACUAUGCAGCUAUACAUUUCUUUUAAGAUUUUCUUUUAACUUCAUCAACAACUCAGAUAAGAAAUCUUACAUAAUCAAACGAGGCUUAUGUAGAAAAGCAACAAAUCUGUCAGCGUUUACUGCUUCAAAUGAAACAAAAAUGACAUGUGGUUGGAAAAUCUGUAUUACUGAUAUAACUGCAGACAUAAAGCUCAGAUGUGAAAAACACAAAAACAUGGAGGAAGUAGAUUAUAUGUUGAUUUUAACAUCAGAAAACAACCAGAAGAAGGUGGAACACAUUACGUUGAGUGGCUUACUCGUAUAGUUCACUAAGGAGAAACAGGGACUAGGGAUGGGAGAAAACACACAUUUCAUCAUCACAUUUUCUUUUUACCAGCCUUUUAUCCCCUUCAUUCCAUGGCCUUAUUAAGUUAAAAGCAGCAUACACUAAAAGGAUUAUGAUCUAUAAAUUAUAGUGGUCCUGUCACCCAUAAAAGAUGAAACACUAACAUUCAUGUAGGUGUACUUUUUCAGAUGUAUUUACUAGUUGCCAGAGACCAAGUGUAGCAAAGAAAAUGAGUUGUGGUUGGAAAUCAUAAAAAGAUUCAUGAUAUUUAUUAUUGCAUCCUGCAGGUAACAUCUGAGCAUAACUUUCAGCAUAUGUUUUUAUAUUGGAGAAAACAGUAAGUGGCAAGAUUCAAACAUGUAACAAGAGUUGAUAUAUGAUGGAUAGGGAGAAGGCAAAUAAUAGGAUAAAUAGAGGGUGGAAGAGACAUUUAUGCUAAGAUGAAAGGAGAAAUGAUUAGUGGAAGAGAACACAUAUAUACUAAAUAAUAAGUAUGGGGAGGAAGUGCUGACGCAGAAGGUGGAUAAGGGUGGCUGUGAUGGGCAUAACCAGCCAUCAAAGUUCUUGAUGGCCCUUACAAACCUACUAACUGGGCCCCCUAUAUACACCACAGACACACAUAGGCUUCUAGGCAGAGAUACUCCAACACACGACCCCAGGGAGCUAUGCACACUCACAAACACAUAUUUAUUUUUUUACUUAUAAAAUAUUUUACAAGGAAAGAUACAUUGAGAUUGCUCUCAUUUUCAAGUAUGUCCUGGGUCCACCAAAACAUUGCAUUGAUACAAUAGGAUGCAAUAAAAUACAAAAACAAUAUUAAUACACAAUAAAUACAAGAUUUAACAUAGAACAGGUAGGAAAUAUAUAAUCAACCAUAACACGUGCAUUCCAAUAUUCUCACAGAAUACACACAAACAAAUAAAUACACUCACAAGCACUGAUACACAACAGAUGCAGGUACACACUGACAAACUCACUCCGAUACACACUGCCAGAAACACACUCAAUACUAAACACACAUUCUGCUAAACAUACACUCAAAAUCAUACGAAUAAACACAUACACAUUGUUACACACACACACCCUAAUACACAAAUACACAUGCUCUGAUACACACUCUGCAACACACACAUUUCUAAAUCCACACCCUGCUAUAUUCACAUUCAUUACUACAUAUCCAAUAUUGAUCCACCCACAUACACUGCUACAAACACUCAGGAACGCUUACAUUUCUAUAUGCACACACACCCAACUACACACAUACACAAUGCUAGAGAUAUACAGUACAAACACCCGCUAAAUACAUUCACAUUUAUAUUUUAGUAAGCCACUCUCCUUUUAAGUUACUGUUUUGCAAAUGGUGUGUUGCUUCCAUGAGGUCUAGUAAAGACCGGGCAGAUCUACAACUCGUCUUCUAAUGUCCCUCAUGGCUUCCAAGAGCACUGAAAGAAAUCUGACAUCACUACCUCCCAGGGCUGCAGCACAAGAGAGAGGAUGGGGCAGUCAGUGCCGUCUGUUAAGGGGACCGUCUGCUUGAAGAGACAGUCCAUAUGAAAUAUCAUUUUUUUUUUUAAAUAACAAUUUAAUAGAAAUAUCCCCAAUGAAAACAGGCAUGCAUUUAGUUAUCCAUGGCACUGGUAGUAUAUCUAAAAAGAGCUUGCAAAAGUUCCAAUACUUCUGGCUGCAGCCUUUUCAAGCCUUCCCCUUUUUUCCAAGCACAGUCCUUGCCAGGGAAUGGCCAAUCAGAGCCAGAAGAGGAGGCCAGAGCUAAAAGAGCAGCAGGAGUCAAGGACCUGUGGAAAAAUGAGCAGUCAGAACCAGUGGCAGGUGCGCUCUAGCGGAGCUAAAGGAAGAAGGAAGUGAACCUCCCUGGCUAUAUGAUUCACAGCCAGGGAGGUGUCAAUUGUUCUACAAAUGUCCCUAUUUUUCAUAUAAUAGUUUUGUUUUGUUUUUAUAAUAUGCAAUUCGCACAAACUGAAUAGCUUUAUAAGUGGGGAAUGGUCCUUUAAGUUCCACUAUGCUGUCUGUUCAAUGAUUGCUCCAGUGGUUCACUUAGUCCCUUAUCAGCUUACUGUGAUGGAGGCCCUGGUGAUGGGCCAUGGAAGGGUGCAUAUAAAUAGGAUCUUUGGAGACUUCUAAAGUGCCCAGGAACACAGGCUUCCCAUGGUCUCAUUAAUAUUAAAAAAAAACUAAGGACCUUUCCAGUACAUUCAGUCUCAUGCAGCUCCUCCCUAACUCAUUCAAAUAUUAAAAUCCCCAAGUGCUUUGCAUUCUGUCUGUCCUGCGCUAUAUUUUCACCUUAAUAUUGACAAUAAGUAUGAUGAUGUGUUCCAGAGUAUGUUUAGUUAGUUAUUAGAAGUCAUUAGAACUGAAACCAUCACAACGAUGUCGUCAGUAUAAAAAUAUGUACUGAAUAAACAGCAAAAAUGAUAGAUCCUUUUGGAACCAUUUCUACAGCUUUGUAACAUAGCAUAUCUAAAAAAUCUAUAAAAUGUUCUCUCUGCAUGAUGUGCCUGUCUGGAUAAGAGCACUAUAUAACAGCUGUAAAGCAAAUAAAUUAACAAUAAUAUAUCGUUUUAUAAUGCCUGGAUAGGAGGGUGCCAAGAUAAAAGAAUGUAUUAAAACUUACAAAUGGGCAUAACAUGCAAUAUUUUGUGAAAUUGUGCUUGUUAGGUUCAGCUGCAUUAUUAAGGCUCCAGUCUUACCUUUCAAAUCCCUGAAUACCAAAAGGGAACCACAAAUUCAAAAUUCCCCAAAUUUCCCAUUAGACCCCUGUUUUAAUAUCUUGUGCACUUCUUGGCUCUUGCCUUUUGGGUGUUCCAGACAUAUAUAUUUUAUUAAUACCUCACCACGAUAUGGGCUUGAUACCAACUUUUUAAAUAGGUGUAACUUAUUAAUAUUGUAGUUAGUGCUGCCCUUGUGGCAUAUCAUUGGUUAAUGCAUAAACUGACGUACUCUUUCUUUGACAUAAGUGAGAGGUAUACAUAUACUGCAUAUUUCUGGGCUGAUGUGAUUUUCUAUUAAUAUAAUAGGCUAUAGCACAUUUGCUAUUAGGAAAGCUAAGAGAGCAAGGACAAAACCAUUUUAGAUGACACAGUGCAGGUCUCCAGAUUUCAACAUUGUCUGGCUCUUCAGAGACUGCUCAGCUCCCCCGAGCUCGUAAACGCAGAUAAUCAUAGUAAGAAGAUGACUCACGUCCACAGAAAGACUGGAAGUGAUCCGUGCUUUGUAUCACAAACUGUAUUCCAGCUCGUGUCUAACAGAACAUAACCUCUUGGAGUUAAAAAAGAAAUGGCAUUGUAGAAAAGUCCCAUCUCACUCAUUAUAUCCGCACUUAAAGUGGGUUUGUCAUUUAUAAUUUGUGUGGAUGACAAGUUCAUAUUAUGGUAGGAAUAUAUAUAAUCUGCACGCUGUGCUGGAGAAAUAACUUUUUAUAUAUAAAACAUUUUCUAAUAAUCUUCUAGCACACUGUAUAAAUAACACUUCAUGCUCUCUCAUUGGGACAUCAAGCCAUGCAAUUGCCGUCACUGAGUGGGUUAUUGGACUGUUAUGAGAGUAACCUGCAAUAUGUGGGUUAAGAUUUUCUGCUAUUUAUUCACCACUACUCAGCUGAGACCGUAUUUUAUAUAUGUUUAAAUAUACAACGUAGCAGUACAAAUAUUAUUAAAUCUACAUCAACACAAUCCAAAAGGGUAAUUCUAGUAUAAAUAUAGCUGUAUCACAUACUCUGAUCAUUUUCUUUUAUUCCUCCAUACAUACAUACACACGCACACACACACACUACCUCUCUCUAUGUUAGCAUCUCACAAGGACAAGUUCUUGACCCUUGAUUCUUUUCACUUUAUACUCUGCACUCAGCUACCUUACAUUUGUAAAUGGUUUAUAGUUCUAGUAUCACGUACAUGAUAUUUAUUCCCAUAUCCCCCUUGUAUCUCCUCACGUUUUAUUACUAUUCCAAUGUCAAAUGUUGCCAACUAAUUCCCAGUCAUCUUUCGUGUACCUAACUAAUCCCUGUAGCUUUGCUUCUGUACAAUUGAACUAAUAGGCUUUGCUUGUUGCAUUUCCUUGCCAUUACCCAUCCCAAUGGUGUUACUAUACCUCCAACUCACAAUGCAGCACGCAUAAGGGUCAUAUAGCUCAAUAGCUAUUUGUUUCAGCCAUAUUUAUUGAGUUUUGAAGAGUGAUACAAACAUCAUUGACAUUAAAUGAAUGCCAGUUUUCCCAUAUUUACAUGUGAUUAAUUUUAUGUUAAAGGUAAUGCUCCUAUACACCUAAGGCACCUAGCCCGCUGAAGUGCUUUAUUUGUGAGGAGUGUGUCCUCAUUUUACAAAAAGUGCAGAUUUCAAUAGAAUGUGGCACUUUAAUAAUCUAACCUUGUUACAACCCCUAGGCUGUCAAUCAGACAACCAAUCCUGUUACUUCCUGUCUGUUUAGCUUAUUUAGUAAUUGCACAGAGCACCUGCCUUGCAAAGACUUCUCAUUGAGCUGCAUGGGAAGUCUGUGAUUGGACAGCUCUAGAAAGCCUGAGUUGAAAAGGAAGGAUUUGCAAAGGCUGCAGUCAAGAGAUCUACAAUGUUUGCAAGCUGUUUUUAGAUAUACCCCCAAUGGAAAAAAAGUAUAAUUAAAUGCAUGUUUUCAUUAAAGGGACACUAUAGUCACCUGAACAACUUCAGCUUAAUGAGGUUGCUCAGGUGAGAACUAUAGCUCCCUGCAGCCUCUCAUGUAAACACUAUUUUCUAAAAAUACAGUGUUUACAUUGAAAGCUAGGAACACCUCCAGUUGCAGUCACUCAGAGUGAACCAGAGGGACUUCGGAGUUGAUGGAGGCAGAAACUUUAAUAAUAUGCCUCCAUCCACUCAGAUCUGCUGUCAGCAGAGCACAGGGCGGCACUGUGCACAGCAUCAUGUGAUUCAGUAUCUUCUCCCUCUGCAUGCAGACACUGAACGUUCCUCAUAGAGAUUCAUUGAUUCAAUUCAUCUUUACGAGGAGAUGCUGAUUGGCCAGGGCUGUGUUUGAAUCUUGCUGGCUCUGCCCCUGAUCUGCCACUUUGUCAGUCUCAGCCAGUCCUAUGGGGAAGCACUGUGAUUGGAUCAGGCUACCACAUGUCAGCAGACUGCUUGUUUUUAUGAGUCUAACAGCAUGCAGAGUUACAGCUUCAAGCUUGAAUACAGUAAGAUUUUUACUAUAUUUAUGGAGGCAUGAGGGGCCCAGGGGGGCUAGAUGGUGGUGUUAAUACUAUAGGGUCAGGAAUACAUGUUUAUGUUCCUGAUCCUAUAGUGAUCCUUUAACUAAAUAGUAAUUUGUUAUUUAUUUUUUUACAUUUGAUCAGUAGUGUGUCCAUUUAAAGUUAUACAAUGGAUAACUGAAAAUGUUUACAUCUGACACAUCUGUAUUUCAUCCAAUAAAUGUCAUCCCUCAACAAUCGCUCAUCCUGACAUCUAAAUAUAUUGUCAAAGUCAGGGUUUUAUUUUAAUUGUAUUUAGAAUGUGUUUUAACAGGAAAAAUACACUGAGGGUUCUCUUUUUGAAGAUAGAGUACAGAGAGUUGUCAUUAAUGAUACAUUUUCAAGCCAGGCAAAAGUGGUAAACAGUGUCCAUCAGGGUUCUGUUCAGGGACCACUUCUAUUUAACAAAUUUAUGAAUAAUCUUGAAACUGCCAUUCUGGGCUUCACAUGGAAUUCUGUCCUAGUUUGUGGCAAAAUUGGAAGUGAUUCAAACUUUUUUUUGCCUUCUUUUGGAUCCACAGCAAAAGCAGAUGUGAGAAAGGCUAAACUUGAUGGACGCAUGUCUCUUUUCAGCUAUGUAACAAUUUUUUAAGCCAUGUCAUGUACAGUUUAACCCCUUAAGGACACAUGACAUGUGUGACGUCAUGAUUCCCUUUUAUUCCAGAAGUUUGGUCCUUAAGGGGUUAAAGGUUAGACAUAUAAACAUUUACAAACCAAAUAUGUAGUUGUCACAUUCAGAAACUGGAUUAAGAUUAGCUGUUUUUUUUAAAAGGUUAUAAUAGCACAAUUACAGAUUACUGAAUGAGAAAGCAGGUCUUCCUGCUUACUUGUUGCACUAGACCAGGGGUUUCCAAACCAGUCUUCAAGUACCCCCUACCGAUCCAGUAUUUAAGGAUUACCCUGUUGUGUCUAAAGUAUUUUUUUACUUGAGGACUGGGUUGGGAACCACUGCACUAGACAAUGGAAAAGUGAGUAAAGUUCUGGAAAUGGAAAUUAGAAUAUAAGGGCAUUGUUCUAAGUUGGUGCAGAAACUUUCAAAGUUAUUAUGAGCCAGACAAGAAAUGCAAAAGGAACAAGUUCAAGUGUCUGAGAAGAAGGAUGACAUUCCGAGAUGUGUCUGUGGUGUGUCCCAGAAGUUAAAACCCUGCUUGCCUAAUUGACAGCUCUGUUUUUCACAAAUCAUGCAGUAAUAAGCCACACUCAGAGUUUAGAGUGAAUGCAGGGCGCUCUCUGUUCCAUAAACUCUGCAAUAAUACGUUGUUAUGAUGCUUAAAGUGACUCUUUAAAAAGAACAGAUGCUUGUUUAAACUGUAUUUUAAUAAAUAUGUGUCAUUGUGUAGAUAAAUAUUGCAACAACAGAAACCAGUUGACUCAUCUACUCUGUCCAUUUUGAAACUUCAUAUUACCUUGUUUACAGAUCAGAAAAGCUUUAUUCAAAUCUCCAUAUAUGUGUCUAACUUCCCUGCUCCUGAAUCUCACAUGAUAAUAACUAUUCAAACGUCCCAUAAUCAAAACAAAACAGUUCUAAAAACAGCUUCCAAAGAAAGAUGCUAAAACCUAAAGGGACAGUCUAGGCACCUUGGCUACUGCAGUGGUUAUGCUGCCAGGACUACCCUGACAAUGUACUACAGUAAGUAGUAAAACUGAUUUCAAACAGAUUUACACUUACAUUGGUCCUCAGCCCUGCCACCUGCUCUGAUAGAUCAACAAUUCCUAUUUUACAACAGAUAAAUCAAUUCCAUCAUUACUUGGGUGAAAUUAAUCAGGUGAGGAACUUAGAUGACACUCUCAGCCUCAGCCAAUCAGUUCCUUCCUUACACAGAUGAAAUUGACAUCACUAGUGCAGAAGUAGGGACUCCCACAUUAACCAUCUCAGAGGCGGAUUUGAGGCACCAAAGGAACCCAGGUAAGUAUGUAACCAUUCUAAAACAGUUCGACCACUUAUUAGAGGAUUUUUGGCACCAUAACCACAACAGAAAACUGUAGUAAUUAUGGCACCUAAAACCGACACUUUGAAUAUACUCUUAAUGGUCAUCUAUAAGCAAGCAGAUAUCUAAAGGGAAAUUGUAUACCCAAAUAUGCAUAUAUGUUUGAUUGCAUAUAAUUUCUAUUUGCAAAAGAUAUAUAUGCAUUUAGUCAAAUUUGCACAAUGUUUUUUUAUUUGUUUUUGCCCAGUAUCCAAUCAAAUAAUUCUGACAAGCACUUAGGAGAAUUCUCCAGUUUAAAUUCUCUCAUAGAGCUAGACAGUUUUAAUAAGUUAGGGAUUCUUAUAAAAAAAAAAAAAAAGUUGUACUUUAUUGCUCUAUUAGUUCAGGUGUCAUUUAAAAAAAAAAAAUUAGGUGUCUAUUAAAAUUUGACUUAUUCAAGCUGCAGUCAAUUAAAAUUCUUAUCAGGCUCAGCCAACCACAAAUGAGGAUGAUUGGAUUUAUUAGAGUUAUUUAGCAAGGGGUUGUCUCACUCUCCCGUUACAAAAGAUGUAUAUUUUAACACCCAUGCCUCAAACAGAAUCUCACUGAACAUGACAGGAAUUAUAGUUGAGUAGGUGCAAACAUCUUCUUGAAGGCACUUAAUAGAGUGGUCUUUGUUAUUUUCUUUCUCUGAGCUCUGCUCCUAGAGAGGAAAGAAUUAAAGAAAACAGAACCAAUUCAUGUUUUUUCUUUAAUAGGAAGGAACAGAGUAAAAUUAAGAAUCAAACAGCAGGACACUGUGCCCUAGAUUCAUUUAGCUGAGUAAGGGUUUACUAAAUAGCUAUUUGUAGACGUCAAAUUGCUAUUUAGUAAGUAGAGUAAAUCCUUUCUCUGCUAAGAUAAAUUCAGCCUCUUAUGUAUAUUGCACCCAUCUGCGGGCAGUCUGGUUAAGGCAUCCAGGGUUAGCAUGCUAUGUGUGCUGACAGCAGAUGCAAAAGCAGGAAGAUAUCAAUCUGGCUAGCUAAAUUGCAGACCACUGAGGCAGCCCUAUUCACCUAAAUAUGGGUAUCUUAUCUCUAGAAUGAUAAUUUUGAAUUUAAAAAAUAUAUGCAGGAAUGAAGGGCUUAUGGAGAUUACACUGAUCUUUAAAAAAAAAAAAUUCUUAAAGAGACACCAUAAGCACCAUAACCACUGCAGCUUAUUGUAGUAUUUCUAACACAUCGAAUCUUAGGUGCUGACCAUUGAUCAAUGAACAUUGCUCACCUUUCUGCUUGCACUCAGAUAAUGCAGACGUAGCACUGCAUGCAUUGCUUAUAGCCUGUCAUUGUCAUUAAAAGCCAGGGUGAGCAAGAUUAAGGGCAGGGGGAGCACAGUACCAGGGCAUCUUUCAUAGAAGGUGGCUACAGCAUACAGAAAUUAAUGUAUUUGAUCUCUAUGUGACAUCUCAACUUGUCCUUCAUUUAAGCUGCCUGCUUAUUAUUAACCAGGUGUGACUGCCAUCUUGCCUUUUCUUCCUUUCUCCUCCCUCUAUCUGCAGCAGUAUGCCCUGCAACCUUAGUUUUGUGGAAACAAUGUUACAGUAGCAUCCAGCUAGCAGGAAACUCCAUCAAGCUAUUUCUCCAAGUUUCACAACCAACUGCUUUCACAAAACAGGCUAAUGUAUUGUGGAUUGCUGCACACACUCAGACUUACUCACCCAAUUCAAUUCACACAGUCAGCUACCACCACCAAACCAUCAUUAUCAUAAUGGCACUAGCAACCCCUCAACCAGUUACUUUCACCGAUGCCCUAUUAGUUCCAUUCACCCAGCCAUCUACUACUACUCCACUCGGUCCCACUCACCCAGCCAGCUACCAUUCCAAUCUGUCACAUUUAUCCCGCCAUCCAUGGCCCUAAUCCAUCGAUUCACUGACCCAUCCAUGACUCAAUCUGUCCAUUCAUACAGCCAUCCAUGACCCUAAUAUGUCUAUUUACCCAGCCAUCCAUAACCCCCAUCUAUCCAUUCACCCAGCCAUCCAUAACCCCAAUCUAUCCAUUUACCCAGCCAUCCAUAACCCCAAUCUAUCCAUUCACCCAGCCAUCCAUAACCCCAAUCUAUCCAUUCACCCAGCCAUCCAUAACCCCAAUCUAUCCAUCUUCCCAGCCAUCCAUGACCCUAGAAUUACCAUAAUCUACCCAGCCAUCCAUAACCCUAAUCUGUUCAUUUACCCAGUCACCCAUGAGUUCAAUCGUACCAUCUACCCAGCCAUCCAUGACCCUAAUCGUACCAUCUACCCAGCCAUCCAUGACCCCAAUCUAUCCAUUCACCCAGCCAUCCAUAACCCCAAUCUGUCCAUCUUCUCAGCUAUCCAUGACCCUAGAAUGACCCUAAUCUACCCAGCCAUCCAUGACCCUAAUCUGUUCAUUUACCCAGUCACCCAUGAGUUCAAUCUAUCCAUUUACCCAGCCAUUCAUGACCUUAAUCGUACCAUCUACCCAGCCAUCCAUGACCCUAAUCGUACCAUCUACCCAGCCAUUCAUGACCUUAGGUUGCAUGAGCAUUGUAGGAAGUAUGAAGCACAAAAAUCUUCGGGAGCUUGCUAUUUUAUAUUACAAUUGUAAUCAUCAUUAAUGACAUUUCCCUACAUCUUUGUGGAUUUCCUUCCCUACGAUCAUCAGCUAGUUUUUAGUGGUAAAAUGGUGGCCACAUGAAACAGAUGUGGAAAGGGAAAGGGUAAGUUUGGCCACAUAUACAGACGGUGUCAAAAGAAACUGCGCCCUGUUGGCUCCUUCCUGAUCAUGGCUGAUUGUUUUGCACAGAAAAUGCAGAAGGGAAGCUUCACUUUAUCUGAACAGCAAAGAAGCCAGGCUUUGGAUGCCUGGAAACUAUUUGGUGUUCGUACUAUAAGAGUCCUUGUUCCAUUAUCACUACAGAGAUUGUAGUGCUUAACGUUUUCCUCAAAUAAGAGUAUACUAUAAAGUCAGCAUCAGACGGGUAAAAGGGAAGGGGGAAUUAAAUUAAAAGCUCUGGCAUCUUGAUUUGUCUAUUCUAUCCUGCUUACAAUGAUAUCUCUAAUUUCUAGGUACAGAGCAGUGGCAUCUUGGAGCCGUGUCCAAGGUAAUGGAAUCCCUCUUAUCACAGCCAUCGAGAUAAUCUCUAUUUGGGUGCUUUCCUUUGUCCUAGCAGUGCCGGAAGCAAUUGGGUUUGUCAUGAUACCAUUCGAGUACCGUGGUGAACAUAUCCGAACUUGUAUGUUCAACGCGACAUCUAGUUUUAUGGAGGUAAGUUACUACAUGAUAUGCCUACACAUAUUUAUACCUGAUCUGAUCAUCCCUUCCAAAGUAUAUAUACGAUCAGUAUUUGCAAUUUAGUAACAAGCACUUGUUUAGUGAUGACACUGUUAAAUUUAAAAUAGAAAAAAAAUCUUUUAAAACACUCAACUUGUGUUUAUUGUCACAAUGCACUUAGGCCUUGUUACUAACGUAAAUCUAGUAGAAUGAUGUCACUCAUCAUUUGUGACAUGAAGCAUGAGAACAAAACACAACGGAAGGAGCCACAGACAACAAAUAACUAAGUGUCCUUUUGAUCCUACAAAUGUGCCCUUUAUAAUGACAAAUAAAAUGAAACAUCAGUACAAGACUGGAUCAAUGGCAUUGUUGGUCUGUGGACCAUAUACAUUUUGUUCUUCUCUGUGAUGUUCUGCAGCUUAACAGUCAGCCCACUAACAAUAAGCCAAUUAGAAGUUACUUUCAAGUUCAAUUUAUUGCUUGAGACUUAAAACAAAGUAGGAUUAAAGAGCUAAAAGUUGAAAAGAAAAUUUUACGCUGCUGUGAUGACAAUAAAAUUCAUGUUGUGAAUUAGUUAGGCAGAUGAACAAUGAAUCACCUACUUCUGUCACAUUAAAGCCUGUUUGAUUUCUAAAAUAAAGGAACAGGGUUGCAUUUGAAGAUUUUUAUCAAUGCAUGUUACCGUUUAAUAUAGUUUGCGUAAUGAUUUCCAUCAUAAAAACAUAGUCAUUACUUUUUUUAAUAAUUAGAAAUAAAUAUAUUUUAAUUUGGAAUUUCCCUGUUUCCCAUUGAUACCUGGCCUUGUGUACAGACAGACUUCUUAACUCAUAGCUGUCAUUUCUCAACAAUUUCACCUAUUUAAAACCUAAAAUACAGUAUUUAACAAUCCUAUCCAUGAAUUUACAAAAUCCUUUCACAUUGAAAAGGACAGUUUUACUUUCUGUAUAACUCAUAAAUAAUAUUACACAACUACCGUUUACCUUAUUCCCUAAAACCAAUGGCAGACAUGCUCUGACCCUACAGUUGCUUUGAUUUUACUGCAAUUAUUUUCAUUUAUAAUUGGCAAGAAUUACCAAAACAUAUUAUGGAAACAAAAUGGUAACAUCGAGGCAAACAUUUGUUGAUGAUGGCCCUGCUCAAAUAAGUUUGGGUGGAGCUCCCAUCAUCCUUAGCAAGCAUUGCCUUCAAUAAUGAUGUUUGUUCUCACCAGCAUGAUUUAUUUGUCAAUGGCAAUUCAUUUAAGGAUCUGACGUAUCAUUGACCCCAGCUGCCAUAGACUUCAGUCAGGAUUCAUCAGCUAUUAGCUUGUUUUCUAUGGUGAUUACAAUUAGCUUCUUCAUAAGACAAACAUAAUAGUAAACAAGUAUAAAUAUUUAAAGAAUUUCUCAGAAAUCUAGAUUAAAUAUUGAUAUUUUUGUUGUUAUUUUGCUAGGCUGCAUCUUAUGUUCAUGUUUAUAUUAUCUUUUAGUCGUUAAUGGAAAGUACCAUACCUCAACAUUGGGUUUGUUCCUAAACUUCCCACAAAUGUAAAAAUGUUGUUCAUCCAGUGUACUCACGUUACAAAGUGACUGUUGUACUUACCUAUUGCUGACAAUCAGCCUCAAUUUUAUACAAAUCCAAAUAAAAAUGAUUUUUAUAAAAUAACAUUGCUAAGUUGCCGUAAGACACAAAAUUUUACAUUUUGUUCAAUGUACUCGAGAACGAUCCACAACCAAACCCAAAGGGUACUUUAAUUUAUUUGGAUGGAGCAUAGUAGAUAGAAAAGAAUAUAUAUAUAUACAUGUGUUGUAGGAAGGUUAAAGAAAUACAUACCAUAGUGAAAUUUUCAUCAUAUCAUCCUCAAUCAUCAUCGUCCUCAAUGAAGAGACAUGCUGCACUCGUUGAAUAGGGGCACCGCACAGUCCAUCUUUUUACACCUCUCUUAAGCCCUCCUACUUAUUCACUUUCUUCAUUAUCAGCUUCCCCCUCUACUUUAUCACUUUUAUUUUCCUUCUUUUAUUUUUUACACCGCUCUCAAACACUCCUCCUUCUCCACUCUUACUUUCAAGCUUGCAUCUUUUUUACCACUUUUCUGUUACUCCUUUUAUUUUUACAGCUCUCAAUCUCUCUUGCUUCUCCCCUUUUUUUUAGGUUUUUCGGCCCUGCUUCUCACUGAUGGCAAGCAAACACACACACACAGCAAUGUCAGACACACGCAGACAAAUCAAGUCAAAUCUCUACUUAAUAGUACACAGUGCAAUAAUAUUACAGGUAUGUCUAUGAAAGUGCAGAAAGACUACAGUACAGUCUAAACCCGUUUUUUAGACUUCCCUUUAUCUUCAGGAACUGUGUUCCUGAUCCUCAUCUCUCUUCUUGUCUACUCUUGGCCACAAUUUUUUCUUCUGCUCUUCUUGUUUGUUCUCCAAAGCACGCUCCUUUGUCCAGAUCCGUGGACCACUGACACAUAAUGACAGUGAAACAAAAUGGCAGCACAUCCAGGAAACAAAUUCAUAAAGGCAGGAGUAUAUAAAGCGGGAGUUCAUAAAGUGAGAAAUGCCUGUAUAUUGUUUAUAAAUCUGUAUACCACUAAAAUGCACAUAUUGCAUAUUCUGUAGUGAGCUAUAAAGAAUUAAUCAGCAUGACCUCUUAAUGUGUGUUUUAUUGCUGUAUUACCCUCAAACAUGAUCACGUAUUAUUGUUGUAUCGGGCUCUGGAAUUCACUCCUACACAAUCAUGUACACACUUGCCAUGGCUGUGGUACAGUGCAAUACACUUAUACACAUUCCACAUUACUCAGAAUAUUGCUGACUGUUAAUCUGCAUACUAUUAUUGGGCUUGGUGUUACUCAUGCACACUGUGGGGCUGGGAAAUAUACACAUCUUUACACCACACAUUGUUAUAGAGUAUUGUUGAUCUGUCUUGUGCAUUGUAAAUUUAUAUGAAGACCUGAAGAAUUUAUAACUUAUAUCCCCCACUCUACCUUCUGUACCCUUGCCAUACGCCCUUUCUGCAUUUAAUAGUAAUUAAUCAACAUACUAAGUAGUUUAGAUUAAAUCUGCCAUUACUUGUAUAUAUUUAUUUUUAUGGUGCAGUGUCUUCUAAAUAUAUGUAUUGUUUCACUUGCCUUUUCCCUGAGGAUUGGCCUUACUAGAUGCUAGUAUACUUUCCUGCAGUACAGGCAUGUCUAAAGGAACACUUAGGACAGUGCCCACCAGCUUUGUCGCAAAAAACAAAACAAAAGUAAACAAUUUAAUAAUACCAAUUUACUACUGACAUACUAUUUAAAAAAAAGGUACACUUACACAUUUGCAAUAAGAAUAAAGUAUGCUGUAUGUAUAUGUGACAGUUACACGUUUGCUGUCUCUUCUCUCACAUGCUUAGUGUAUAUCUGAAGAAACAGUGAGCAGCAUGUUAAAGAAAGAGGACAUUUGUGAAAUAUACUUUGUUUCAGCAGAUUUUGCAAAUACCUAGAUUGCUUUAAGAAGGAAUAUGUAAGCCACCAAUUCAUUUGCCAUGUGAGUGUCGGAACUUAUUGCCCAUGAAUAGAGGCAUGCUUUUGGUACUGGCUCAUGGCAUUGAAGGAAGGGUUCAUAGAUCUCGUUGAUGCACAAGGAAGGCGAAUUGAAAGCUGAGCCAGAAGUCUUACAACAGGUUGCCCUGCCUGUGAGUUGAAACAUUUAGUAAUGGCUAUAUAAUCAGUUUUGUUAUUAGGACUGGAAAUUUCUAUUGGAUUACUUUUGUCAGAGUCAGUCUAGUCAUCAUUACCUUUUUAUUAGUUUCAUUAUUGCUGGAGGGAGGCCUCGCAUUACCAUUGAGCCCCCUGGAACAUGUGUUAAUGAGUGGUUGGACAUGUUCUGGAUUUUCUGCGCAUCCUUCAUUGUUGCACAUGAAGUUUCAUGCAUGUGUUGCACAUUUUAUAUGUACAUUGCUAAACCACAGCUAAGAGGAAUUCCUACAGAUAUGCCUCAAUAUGUGAGAGAACUGUAGCAGAUGAUGGGUAACCCGACCGUUUACCUCUGCUAAUUCUAUUCCUUCAGCCAGUCAGGAGCCAUUACAGUGCAAAGAGACCCAUCUCCCCCCCAGUAACCAGACGACACACGGUCCUGGAUGUACAACACAAUUUUAUUGGCCACGCACUACUUUUAUGCAUAACCCCGUGCAAGGGGUUGACCACACACAUAUACAAGGUCCCACUUCAAGAUACUCCCCCUCCCUGGGGUCCCAGCAUGGUAAGGGACUGCGUUCCCUUUGUCCCCAAAGCCCGUCACUAAAUCCCCAGGGUUCCCCACACCAAGGGUUCCCAAGUGCCUCUAUGACUAGGAGUCUAAGAGCGGGAAAAAGGGGCCGUCCCCUUGUCUCCCAGGCACAGAAAAGCCAGCCUGAAGGAGCUAGUCUAUUUGUCCCUCAGGCUAAUGAGAGACUGUCAAACUCACCAGUGCCCCAAAAGUGCCCACACCAAUCUCAGGGACCCUUGACUAGGCUCCUUCGCGAGGUCUUGGUGUUAAACUCAGACAAGGGAAGCACCUCCUUUCAGGGUAUGAAUGCUCCCCCUGGCCGGCGUUCAUCUAUACGAGCAACGGCCACCCAGGGAAGCACUCAUUAAUUACUUCCCUUGCGGUUUCACACCUAUGUUGCGAAUGCAAACAUUCUGAUUAAUUGGUGUUAAUGUUCUAAUGGGGCAUUGGGGUGGCCCUCGCGGGAAACUAUCCACGAAGGCGUUCGCCUGUAUGAAUGGCGGCCACCCAGGGAAGCACUCAUUAAUUGCUUCCCUUGCAGUUUGCAGUUUUGACACAUAUGUUACGAGGUGUGAACAUUCUAACUUAACAUUCAAAAUGAGGUAUUGAGGUAGUCCCCAGUCGGGAGGUGAAUGAAUUCCCUUCGUGGAAGCACUCCUGAAUGGGGAGGGGGCACAAUAAAUGAACACACAGGGGAAAUACAUGAACAGGCAGCAGUAUCGCCACAAGAACAUACCUGAAAGAACUGUGUGCAAUGAGGAACAAACACAACUCAAUAGAGAUGUGGAACUUAAGCAUAGUUUCGUGAUGUACACAACUCUUUCAGACUCAGGUCCAGUGCAUGUUUGAAUGAUUCCAUUACAGCUAUGUCCACUUUACAUAUAAAAUAGCUUACACAGUUACAAUACAUGGCUCCAUGCUGAACCUCAAGGUACCAGUUACUCUAUGCACCAUGGGAAGUGCACAUGGAAUCUCCUCUAGCUAUGAACCAAACCAAUAGUUAAGCAGUGGGACAGGUACUGCUAAUAUACACACAUAGGAAUGGUACCAAUUGGGUCAUUUCUUGUUUGUUUGUUUUUUCAAACUGAGUUAUUCUACCAACUAAACUACAACUUUAACACAACUCCAUUCAAACAUGCAGCUAAACACUAAACAUACACACAAUUGCCAUUACACACCUCUCAUCAUCACACAUUUGUAAUACCAUGCUCACAAUUCCCAACGCACAUAUGCAAUUCCCCUAGACACAGCCUCUACCAGUGAAACAUGCAGCUCUUUUAAAUGGGGAAAAUGUUUCGUCACACAUAGUUACACAAUGAUUUGUCUUGAAUAACUGAUCAUUUCUGUUGAUCUUUAUUCUGAAAGAAUGUCACUGCCAGUGGUAGUUUAUGCUGCUCAGUGUAACACAAUAGAUAGAGGUUAAAUUGGUGUAACUGCUGUUUCUGUAUUUAUUUUGCGUUUGCUACUCCUUUAGGUUGUAAGCUUAUUUGUAUGUGCUGUUUUAGAAUGACAUGUUUGUCUUGUUUGCCUACUGUAAAGCGAUGCAAAAUAUGUUGGCAUUAUAUAAAUCAUUGCAAUUGUAAUCUGCAUUUUAUGAUCAGGAGUAGACUUUAUAGAGGUAAUGACAGGAGUGGAGUCCAAAGCAAACUAUCCUAAACCUUCACCAGCUGCAACGGUUUAUAUAUCUGACGUCAUUUAAUUCAGACACAUGUUGGGGUGGAUAUCAAUGUUUAAAAGUAAGGUCUGCAUCAUAUGUACUUUGACUUGAUAAAAUAAGACAUAUGUUCAGGCAGAAUGCCUGUAGUUGUGGGAGGGGUUUAUUAUGUGCCUAUACAUUCCGUCCUUUCAGCUCCCUCCUGACUUCCGCCCAAGUUUGGAACCCACCCACCUCUCCCUUUUGAUACGCAUGCCUUCUUUUUAAGGCAUACCCCGUUCAUCGGUUUCACACCUCAACUGACAUGCAAUGACUGGUAUAUCUCAAUUCUUAUUGUUCCCGACCACAAACAGAUAUAUAAUGUGUUGAGUUGGGUGCCGUUCUCCCCCUUUACACUGUACUCCAGUGUUCUCUUUCAUGUUACAAACUAUAAGCUUGCUAUUUUGUUGGGCAUUGUCAUUUAUGUUGUGAUACUUCUAAAAAGCCUACAUGUAGAUGAAUAAAUGGUGGAUUUUAUCUAAACUACUUGGUAUGCUAUCAUACGUGAAUGAACGCUAGCUACUGUUGUAAGCAAUGUAUUUGAUUCCUUUGGUAUAAUCAUGCACCAAACAGAAAUUAUAGGCUGCUGUUAGCCAUGAAAGAGUUCCGUUCAGAAAAUAGAAUCACUUCAGCCAUUUUUAUGCACAAAUUAAUACUGAUAAAGUCUCAAACAAACUGCACAAUCUCCCAUACUGAUACAGUUUGAACAUUUUAUGUUUUCUGGCCUUUGUUCACAUAAAAUACUGAAAUACCUAGAAAUGUAGAUCCUGAUCAGUUUCAUGGAACUAAUACUUUAAAAAAACAAAACAGGAAAAUGGGAGCUAACUCUCAGAAAUCUUUGAUAGAUCAUAAGGAGAAUCGUACUCCACAAGGAAACUUGUUUUAAAUGCACACUUCCUGCUGAAAACUGUUUCCAUCUGGACCUGCUUGAAAAACAAAAGCACUUUUCUUUCUUUUCAGUGAAGCCCUGAUGUAAGAUGAGUGGGACACUCUGUUCAUUGCCCAUAGUUAAUCAGUCACAGGUUCUCCAGUCUCCACACAGACAUAUUUGUUUAAGUUAUGGAGGCUGUGUGGAUCUGCAAGUAUGUUAGUUUUUAUUUCCAGUGCAGUUUAAUUUCAAAAGGUUAACAACUCAAACUAACAUUUUAUACUAUUAUAGCUAUAAGUUUGAAUUCUUGGAAAAAACUACAAUACUUGUCCACCAAUAGAAAAGUCUAAAUAUAUUGGCUUACCCAAAAACUUUACAGGCAAAGGAGGUUUGUGCAGGGGAAUGACUAGAAAUAUGUUCGCUUCAGGCCACAAAUGUCUAUCCGGGCCCCUUUCCCAUCCCCAUCUUUUUUACAUCCCUUGCUUGCUGACAACCUUGCACUUGCCCUCGUAUUUACAACAAAGGCCUCGAUUUAAUAUUUUUGCAUAAGCUUUUCAAUUGAUUAAAUUAAUUUUUUUUAAACUUUCUAACAUUAUUUUUUCAAUAAGUAUAAUAUAAAAAUAAAAUUAUCAAAAUAUAUAAUGAUAAUUAUUUUUUUUCAGAAUAUAAAACAUUUUAAAAGGUUAUACAAAAAUCUUAAAUUUGAAAAGCUUGUUCCAAAAUAUUAAAUCAAAGCCAAAAUCGGUAAUGUAUUUAAUAACGUUUUACUUUUAAUAAAAAAUUUUGUUAUAUACAUCUGACUGCUGAGAAAUAUUUAGAUUCUCAAAUGCAGUGAAGAUUUCUCGUUCUUGUCAUAAUACUGAAAUAAUUACACGCAGUCACCAUCCCUAUGUCUUUACAAAUAUGUUUCAUGGCCCCCUAUAAGCCAACCCCUUCCUGAGCUCCAACCUUCUCCUAAUCAAGCACUCUUGGUCCAACUCAUCUGGCUUCAACACAUACUUCCAUAAUUCCUUCUCUUUCACAAGUAAGCCCUCCCCAGCUGUCUGUAGUAACCUCUUUUGAGUCCACUAGCUUACAAUGUUUAGUGCUCUCUUUACUGUAUAAUCACAUCUUUAUUUAUGACUUUAUUAUUAUUAUUUUUUUUAUUGACAGCCCCCUGGAAAUGGAUGCUAAGUAUGAAAUGUAAAAUUAUUGUUAGCAAAAAGUGAAAUAUACUUUGAGUUCUGUGACAUUAUAUCUUAGUUCUUUGCUUGUCCACUGAAAUAGAAAUUCUCCCUGUGAGUAAACGCUCUUGAGAGUAUGGAAAGCAUAAUAUUGGUUUGUCAGUGUAUCUCAAGAGUGUUUAAUGAGUGUUUGGUAAUAAAGUUUAUUCUAAAAAGUUCAGAUUCUCCUAGAAUCCUGUUUGUACACAGAACUUGGGUCUCGCGCUUAUUUUCAGUCUAGUGAAAUCACAGUCCCUCUCUGAAGACCUUUAUAUAGACAUACACAACACACUCAUCAACAGUCAGUAUGGAUAGCCAAACAUUUCCAGCAUUCUGGAGGUUUAACUACUCUUGAUGCACGUGCAUAUGAUUAUAUGUUAAUGUCAUUUAAUCACCAUUCAGCUUAAACCUUUUUAAUGAUUUCAUUUAUAGAAUGAAACUAGAAUGUAGGAUAAAUCCCAAUCUAUAUUUUGAAUUAAGUACUCGCUAGCAGCUUUUAGAGCAAUUAACUAUGCCAAAGCAAUCCCCAUCUCAUCAUUCCUAAACUUUUUGACAGGAGUUUUACCAUUAUUAUUAGUUUAGGGAAAAGGGCCCUGUGCCUUAUGUUUAACAUGCAAUCUUACACAAUCACAAUCCUUCCAGGUGGUCCUCACUUUGCGACCUACCUUUUACAACUGCCCUCACGUACGACCAGCUCUCUAGGGCGGGGUUUAAUGGACUCCCCACUUUAGAGGGCUGGUCUAAGUUCUGGGAAUUUUCCCCGAGCAUAGAUUUCAGCGAUUCCCUGCUCUGGUGCGUUUUUCUAUGUUCUGGGAAAGUUCCCCAAGCAUAGAUUUGAGGGAUUCCCUACUCUGCUGUGUUUGUCUAUGUUCGGGGAAAUUUCCCUAAACAUAGACCUGCACUGGUGCGCAUGCUCUGUACUGCAUCCUCACUUACCGACCAAUUCGUUUUACGACUGAGUCGUAAGAACGGAACCCGGUCGGUAAGGGAGGAGUGUCUGUAUAACUACACUGUUAAGGACCUAGUGAACAUAACACCAAAAAGGACUCAAUAAACCAAUUAAAAAAAAAUGUAUUCUAAAAAUAUGAUAUACACCUCCCCUGAGUUUAUGGUGAUUUCAAGCAACAUCGCCAGACUUAUAGUAAGAAUUAUUCAUGAAUUAAUUAAUUAAAUGAAUGAAUUAAAACAAAUAACGAACAAAUAAGAACUGUUAUAUUAAUAUGAUAUAGUGAAACUGAUAACACAACAAAAUUUUCAUGUAUAACAUGCCUUCUAAUUAAAGGGAUCCUAUGGUGCCAGGAAGAAAACCUGUUUCCUAGCACUAUAGGAUAAUAGGUACCCCCCUCCCUCGUGCCCCCCAUCCCGCAUUAAAACCCCUUCAUCCACUUAUCUGAAUCCAGCGCAGUUGUCACUUGGCGCUGGGUCAGGCUCUGCCCACGCUCCUCCCCCACCGUCAGCCACACAUUAAACCUCCCCAUAGGAAUGUAUUAUUCAAUGCUUUCCUAUGGGGAAAAUCUGACGCUGGAGGUCCGUGAAGACGUCUAGCGUCAGAUAACGGACCAAAAGUCUGUUUGGAUUCCGAAAGCCCUCUAGUGACUGGUAGACAGCCACAGAAGGCAGACUUAGAGAUGCAAUGUAAACAUUGCAGUUCUCUGGAACUGUAAUGUUUUACAUUGCAACACUAAGUGAAAAAGGGUUACAGCACCCAGACCACUUCAAUUAGCUGUAGUGAUCUGGGUGCCUACAUUGUCCCUUUAAUAUUCUUGAGACGAAGAAGUGAACUGCCUGCCAUGUGGAGGUUGUCUAUGUGGGAAGAGCUUGUAUCGAAUCCUAAUGUUUACAUGGUUUAAUUCACAGCGCAUGGUGGGUGGGAACAAAUUCUACUUUGCUCCUUGUUGUAUUUUAUACAGUGUAUCACAGAACGGUGUACUGAAAUAUUGCUCCUUUCUCCACAAUGAAAGGCCUUAUGUUACUCCAGUUGGUUUUUGUUUAGUCACAUUUGUUUGGUUCUAUAGGAACAUCUUGAAACAAACACUUAUGUUGACAGAAAAGUAGUGAUUAAUCCUAUUAGAAGUGAGAAGUUACAAUUCAGCAUUUUUUUCUAUCAAAUACAGUUUGCGUGCCUACAGGGAAUUUCUGUGAGGUUCCCUGGAGAUCUAAAUCACUGUGCUCAAGGAGGAUACUAAGAAGCUUAAAUGACAAACCUAUUUGACUUGAUUAAGCACCAACUGAUCUUUUGACCUCUGUCACUGCAUCAGUCACUUGAAGGACUUAGUUGGUCCCUGUUGAGUGCCAUCAAUGUCCACAAUCUUAAUCACAUUGUUAACCUACCAGUAAGCAUUCAUGGUCAAGGAGAAAAACUCCAUUGAAAUGUAUAGAUUGAUGUAAUUAGGUAGAAAAUACAUUACAAACUAUAGAUAUAAUGUUGCUUAUGAACUGGUGGUGCAACUCAGAUCUGAAUAUUUUAGAACCUUUUUGUAAACAACACAAAUCAGCAUUAACAUAAUGUCAGCAUGAUCAUAAGUUCCAUUUAUUUUUCAGUCAUUUUACCUUCAUUUUAGUAUUCUUUGUUUACCAAGCACAUGCUAACCCAAGAAGUAUAUUUGAUGUAUUGCACUGUAGAUAAUAUAAAUAACACUAAUGCCAAACAUCAUCGUUAUAAGCAAUAUGUGUGUCAGUCUUUCUAUACCUUAGACUGUAUUUUAAAAAUAUAUUUUUACUCACUUACGCAAACAAUUAUAAAAUAUAUAUACGUGUACAUAUAUAGUAUUAUUAUUAGCAUCUAUAUAGCUUCAAACUAUAUAACAGCCCUAUUCCACAGCGGUUUACAAUAUUAUUAAGGAGACAUUAACAACAAACGAGAUAAAAUAUUAAAAAUUUCGACAGGAUCUUACAAUCUAUAUAUAUACACAUUUCUUUUUUUCCUACAGUUCUACAAAGAUGCUAAGGAUUGGUGGCUAUUUGGCUUUUAUUUCUGUGUACCUCUGGCAUGUACAGGGGUGUUCUACACCCUAAUGACUUGUGAAAUGUUACAUCAGAGAAAAGGAAGCCUCAGGAUAGCUCUCAGUGAACACCUGAAACAGGUACAGUGUUGUCGUUGCUUUAUGCUUUAUAAUACGCUUGCAUAUUGAAAACAAUCAUUAUUUUUAAAAGCUCUGGUUAAAUUAUGAAUUGUAUAAAUAGCAUAUGUCUCUUUAGAUUAGCGCUAAUUAGCCACUGUAAAUCUUUUCACAACUUAUCCAUUUGGCAACAUGCGUACCCUAGGACUCCUAAAAUUCAUCUUCUAGAAUACCACAGCCCUGGCACACCAACCAUUGUAUAUUGUUCAUCAAUGUCCUCCACUUCAUCUUAACUAAACUCGGCUAUGAUGUACUGUGAUUGCGGCUAUGUUCCCCAAGGAGAAGUUUACAAACCACUGACAGAGUUGUAAAAAAUGUGAUAGCUGUGAUAUAUAAACCAGACCGGGUACAAACAUCCAAACUAAUGAAUGAAAUCAAAUAAAACAUUAAUGUGAGUGCAGCUGCAAUGAACGCUUGAUGGUGAGAUUUAAUAAAACCAUUAUAAAAAGAGCAGGAGUAUUAAACAACUUGAUGUACUCUGGAGCACUUAACAUAAAAUGAAUUUAAUGAUUGGUUCUGUUUGUUUAAUACAUUUAAUAUUAGAUCACGUUAAUUUGUUAAAGUGACUAGGUACAAAGCAUGUUUUCUGGGUAAGAGGACGACGAACUAUAAAAAUGAAUUAUUGGUACACCACCAGUUUCUAUUACCAUUUUAGCAAACGAACCCCAUUCUAAUACCUUUAGUAAAUUUGGACAGCUAUGUAAUAAAAUACAAUGGAAAAAGACUAAUUCCAAAGAACUAUAGGUUAUGUAGUUUCACAUUUGUAACUAUGUGUACAGUAUCAUCAAUGUAUUCGAAUGGGUUAAAUAAAGGUUAAAUAGAUGCUGCCUGUUCAUAAAAAAAUUCACAUGUGAUGUUGCAACAAAAAAUGUAGAAUGUGUUUUUUCUGCUAAGUAAGACAAUAUUAAUUACUGUAUAAUAUUCUUACACAGCGGCGUGAAGUAGCAAAGACUGUUUUCUGCCUGGUAGUGAUAUUUGCCCUCUGCUGGUUCCCUCUACAUUUGAGUCGGAUAAUUAAGAAAACUGUAUACAAUGAGUUGGAUUCUGGGCGAUGUGAGCUGCUCAGGUAAUUUACUAAAUAAUUUUUAGAUUAUUACAUUUCACAUUAGCAUGACUGUGAGACUGAAGAACUAUACGUACAGUUUAUAAAUCUGCCAAUCAAAAACUUAAAAUAAACAUUUUAGGAAUAUUAAUUGCUUAAACUUAAAGGGACACUAUGGUAUCAAAAACAACUGUAGCUUAAUAAAGCAGUUUUGGUGUACAGGUAAUGACCCUGUAGUCUCACUGUUCAAUUCUCUGCCAUUUAGGAGUUAAAUCACUUUGUUCAUGCAGCCCUAGUUACAUCUGCAUGUGACUUGUACAGCCUCCCCAAACAUUUCCUGUCACCUAAUGUCAUCUAAUUUCCUGUGUGUGAUUAAAGUUCAAUUUAAAGAGCAGGAAAUAAAAACAAACAUCUGAUUGAAAAUUAAAGCAGUGUCAGUCACAGCCAGGCAAGGUGUGGCUAGGGUUGCAUAAACAGAAACAAAGUGAUUUAACUCCUAAAUAGAGAAUUGAGCAGUGAGACAUGAGACAGUCAUGAUCUAUACACAAAACCUGCUUCAUUAAGCUAAGUUGUUUUGGUGACUAUAGUAUCCCUGUAAAUGUUUUCAAAUGAUUUUAAAUAAUGUUUGUACUAAUAGUAGUGAAACAGUGGUUUAUGGGGCAUUUCAAUACAAUUGUUUAGAUAUUCCAGUGUUAUGCACUGGAAGUUUAUUGUCCAGCAUGUAUUAUAUUGUAUACAGGGCUACCAUAUCCGCCAUGUUUUCAGGAUUCCUAAUUUCUUCCAAGUUAAAGGGACACUCCAGGCACCCAGACCACUUCUGCCCAUUGGAGUGGUCUGGGUGCCAACUCCCACUACCCUUAACCCUGCAAGUGUAAUUAUUGCAGUUUUUUUAUAAACUGCAAUAAUUACCUUGCAGGGUUAACUCCACCUCUAGUGGCUGUCUACUAGACAGCCACUAGAGGGCACGUCCGUGUGUCUAGCACAGAUUGUCUGUGCUAGAGCGUCGCUGGACAUCCUCACGCUGUGCGAGGACCUCCAGCAUCGCUCAAUUCCCCAUAGGAAAGCAUUGAAAAGCAUUUUCAAUGCUUUCCUAUGCGGAGCUCUAAUGCGCAUGUGCAUUAGGUCUCCCCGGCGGCGGGCGGGAUCAGUCUCGCCCACUGGCCAAUGUAAUGCAGAGGAGGAGCGGCGGCGGAGGAAGAAGCAGCGACGUGGGACAUGUCGCUGCCUCUGGCAAGUGACUGAAGGGGUUUUCACCCCUUCAGCAACUGGGGAUUGGGAGGUGGGAGAGAGAGGGGACUUGCAGUGCCAGGAAAAUUGAUUGUUUUCCUGGCACUGGUGUUUCCCUUUAACUUCAGCACAAGUUAUUUUGUUUAUUCACUUAUUUAUUUAUUAGCACUCUACUAAUUGGUAUAUAGUUUUAUACCAUAUAUUGUGUUUUUGUUUAAAAUUGAUUGUGGAGAUAGGAGUAUUCCACUUUACAUGUUGAGCAGCUCAUUGUAUAGGCACUAAACUGUAACACGCACUACCUCCAAGUAGAGGUAGAGUUUGUUUGUUAACUUCAGUUCAUGCUAAUGCCAUGCAGUUUAUAUAAUGUAUAUUCUGCAGGAUUCCUCAUUGACUAAUUAUUUAAUUUAAUAAAUCAGCUUCUGAAUUCUACAUACGAUAGGGCAACACGUUUCAUGUGCUGCUCAUAAGUAGGUAUAGAUGAUAUUAAUUUAGGAAAAUAAGGUGAAUAUGCAACUCUUAUUUUAUAUGAUCACUAUGUCAUCGCUAGCCUCAUAACUUAACAGCUUUAACGUUCUGAAGUUUGUAAAAACCAUAAUUAACAAUAAGGAAUAUAGAAUGUCAUGUUGAUGUGCUCUUUUUUGUGUUUUUUAGUUUUCUGUUGGUAAUGGAUUUCAUCAGUAUUAACCUUGCAGCAUUAAACUCGUGCAUAAAUCCAAUAGCUCUCUAUUUUGUGAGCAAGAAGUUUAAAAACUGUUUCCAGGUAAGAAAAAACCUUUAUAUAGUACCUGCAAAAUAACUACUUGAUAAAUGUAUUGGCAUAAUUGAAUAUAAUCUAGGGCAAAGUACAAGUAAUGGAGCAAUUGUGGUAGAAAACGAUAUGUCCUUUCUGGUUGCUGAACGUUUAGCACCUAGUUCUAGAAUAGGUCUUUAUACAAAUCAUUGCCCUUGAACUUCUACAGGACAGUCAAGGCCAGUUCAAGAGAAAUUACAUUUUUAUUUUUCAGAUUAUCUCAGUUACACUACAUAUGAUGUAAUCAUAUAAUAAGAUGUUUCAGUAAACUAUGUUCAGUUACAGGUCUAGGAAUUCUAAUUUUAUAUUAACCUGCCUCCCUGCCCCCAAUCUUGUGUAUGUAUGUACCAUAUGUCCCUUUUUCAUUGCAAAACAGUCCAAUACAAAAUGUGUACAAUAAACCAUACUCAAAUUCACCUCUUCUAAAAUGCCAUCUCUAUCAGACAGUGGGUCUGUGAAAGAACACCCUUUCCACACUGUAACCGAACCUACAAUGGUCAACAGUACAAUUCUGCUGAAUAGCAACCAGGGAGAAAGAAGAGAGGACUUUGUGUAAACUCAGGCUUUUGCAGACUGCAUCAGUUUGCUCUGUCGUACAGAUUCCUGGUUUUACCUAGGCUACUGUACUUACUAUGUGUUGCCAUUUUGCCCAGUUAUAGAUGUGUUAGUGACAUUUUUGAAAAACUACAUUCAAUAAACAGGUUAUUUGUCAAGUUUUCCUCUUUUAUGUGAUGCAAUCUUUGAAUAUCUCAAAUAUUUUCCAAAAUUUGUGCUUCUACCCAAAUAUUUCAUAUUCAGCCUAAAAUAUUGCAAGAUAAUGACAGACAUAUAAAGUGUAAUCUGUUACAUCAUUUACAUUUUGGUUAAAUAAUAAGCAAAAAGUAAAAAUAAUAAUUAUAAAUAAAAUAAUAAAUUGUUUAAUUUUCCACUGUUUCAAUUUCAUUUUUAGGUACCUCUAAAAUGUAAUCUGUAAAUUACAUUGUUUUUUUCAUCCUAUGUUUAUCUGCUAGCUAUUCAUCCUUUGUUGCAUUUUAAAUGUAAGCUCACUUAGAGAACUGUUCUAGUUCAGCUAUUUCGACCUUAAAUUUGAAAUUUGCUUUAAAUUCUCACUUAAGUGAAUAUACAUUUUUUUUUUUUUUUAAAUAAAGCAGUCACUCAAAGUGAAGGGUUUAAACUUAUUUUAUUGAAUGUCAAGCAUAUGAAUACUCCUUGUUAUUUCCCAAAGAAAAGAUUGACUAUUUUAAAAUUACAUUGAAGUGAUAAAAUCAACAAUAAAAUAUUGUUAUAUUGUAUUUUCAUUUAUUCUACUAUUUUAUAUAAUUUGUUUAGCCCUCCAGUUUAAAUAAGGAUUGUAAAUGUUUCAUACCAACUUUGGCAAUGUAUGUCACAGUCACAUUUGUUUUUUGAGGCUAAAGUAGCCAAGCUGGGACAACAGUAGAGUUGGUGAAUUUUCUCAUAUCAAUAAAUUCAUUCCCUACAAUGCGUAGUUUAUUGAUUAAACCUGAGAGGCAUACUACCUCUUUAAUAAGUCCUCAAUAAUCUUUCUGAUAAAAAAAAAACGCAGAGAUUAAAUAAGUCCAACAUGUGGUACAAGAAAUACUCCUAAGAAAUCAAAUACUUUUUGCUUUGAUGAUGUACUUAUUUAUUUAGUUUUCAAAUGGCUUUGUAUCAGAAAUGCCUUUAUAAAUAAAAUAUUGUGAAUAAUUAGCUACACAUGUUGAAUCUUUGAUAUAGUUAUGAAAUGAGGCAGCGUGUUUGGACAGCUGUACACUUAUUACAUGUGUGUAUCUUCUAAAAUAUACUCUUCUUUUAUUUCCAGUCCUGCCUGUGCUGUUGCUGUCAGUCUAAGCCGCACAUAAUCACAGCUCCAAUGAAUGUGACCAGUAUCCAGUGGAAGAACCAUGAUCAACAUUACUACAUUGCCGACAGGAGCAUCCACAAGGACAGCCUCAACUAGCCAAACCGUUGAGUAAUACCAAUAUUAUGAACCACAACAUAUACAAUCAAUAGUGACUAUUUCCUAAAGAUAAUCCAUAAAGAGUCUCUUCGAACAAGGAAAACAAAUCUCUUAAUGGUGGUUGAUCCUCCAUUCUAAUUCAAAGGAUGUCUUGCGGGAUUAAUUGACCAUCCGAACUGACAGACCUGUUUUGUUAUUGGCUGUAAUACAGUCUUUAAUUUUAACACCCAGCAUUCUAUAGAACUGGACUAAUUGUGUUCUGCGAACAUUCCAGAGAAUGAAGACAUGUUGAACCCGUGAGAAUGCCACGUGGUCACUUUUAUUCAUUUCUGUGUUUCACAUAAUGGACUAAAACACAAGUGCAGGUCAAUUAACUGCAUCAAGUUUAUUGAUUUUAUUCUACAAUCCUUGCUAUCAGUAAAAAAAAAAAUUAAGGUUAAACCAAAGAGAACAGUCUUUCCAUUAUCAUAUAAACAUUAAAAAAAAUUCUUAUUUAACACUAUAUCUCUAAAAUUAUAUUUUUGGAAACUGAGUAUAAAGGAAUGUGAAAUUGUAUUGUUGCAUGUGAUGUACUAACAUUUUGCCUUGACAGAAAAAAUGUUAGAUAUAAAAUGUGCAUUUCAUAGCACUUCAUUAUUGGAAGCAUUACUUUUAUGUAGAUAAAACGCAUGCCAAUAAGGCACAAUAAAGUAUUAACUGAAAAAAACUAAGCCUUUUUUAGAUAUAUCGCUCAUAAUAACAUAUAUAGAAUACAUAGUAUUUUUUAAAUUAAAAUAAACUACACUAAUGUAUUCACGGCAUAUGACAUUUCCAAACAAUAUGUUUGUUAAAUCUUGAUAUCUUUUCUAAGACAUAAAGAUCCUAUUCUAUUAUGUAUGUGGAUCCAAUUUUACAGCUGUCUAAUCAUAACAAAAAAGCAUAAAGCGCAAAGUACUACCAUAGUACACAAGAAACUUACUUCAAAGGGAAGCAAAUCCAAUAGUUCUAUCCCUUAGGUAACAGAAUAGAUGGCACAUAGGGCUUUUUUGAAAUAUAUAAACACACUCUUCCUAUUGAAGUAUUGAAUUCUGAAUGUUUACAGUGUUUGGUACAUUAAAGCAUGUAACGUGCUUGAUACAAUCAGUGAGAUUGGUUCCAUAUUCAAUAUUUUUAAAGGAGCCAGAUGCUGCAGCGACAUGUAAUAAUCUUGUUUCAUGAACAUGUUUAAGACUUUAUUUUUUUCCAUUUAAAAAAGGGUGUCUGUUUCAAAAGCUAGUUGCAUUAAGAACCUACUUGCAAAAUUGUGGCCAAAAAAAAGCAAAGUGAGAGCAAUUUAAAACAGAUUUUUUUUUUAGAGCGGUGGAAGGGAUGCUAUUAUGGCUUACAUUGUCCACAUUAGUUCUCGGUUCACUAUACUUCACACUAGUGAAAGGAUACUAUUGUUACCAUCAGAUACCCACCAAUAUCAAUCGGAAACAUUUACCACUUACAUACCAAUCCCAAGUAUACAUUACUUUUCUAUUUAGUUUUGUAUUGUAUCCAUCUCCUAUGCUCCAGUAUUGCUCUUCUUCCAGUAGAGAAACACAUUUUUCUACUGUCUUAAAUGAGUCCUCAUGCCCCCACCCUCCUUUCUUGUUGCAUAGAAAAAAGAGGUUUAAAAUGCCAAGGAUGCAUUUUAACUGUGAGGGAGGGAAAGAAGGGCUUUGAACACUUAAGGAUAUAUGUCCAGGUGGAAUACCAGCAUGACAUAUCAUGCUGUAGAGAUGCUAGAUUUUAGCCAAUCAUCUGUAUUACCGGCAGUUUUUUUACAUUCUGGUUGCAUUUUUGCAUAAUAGUGUUAAAUAUGCCACCAGGGUCCAAAUGUCCAUCAGCAGAAUAUUAAACUUAUUUUUGCCAUGCCUAAUUUAUAUGUCAACUAUGGUUUUUCUGCUUCUAUGGCGAAAGAGCCUGUCUGAAAUUUAAAUGAUUAGGUAGACCACACAAUAUCUAAAAAAAAAUAAUAAUAAUAAUAUCACCUGCUGUUUUUUGAAAAAACUAAUGAAUAAUUGAAAAAAAAUCAUAUUGCAUACAUUGUUUUAUUUUUUAACUAUCCACAUACCCACCAAUAAUAUGUACACAAAAUGUAUGCAUUUUUAGACUCAACUACCUUGUUUGUGAAUCAAAAUCAUUUAGCUUCUUUAUUCAAACAGCACAGUGUUAACAUCAAUGAUCAACAUUGAUUGUUUUUUUUAUUAACACUGGGCUUUUUUUAAAUAAAGCAGUACUCUGUUUUUCUUUUCUUUUUUUUUUUUUUAAAAACCCAACCAGUGCUCUUCUUAUUUGUGGAUAGCUAUUUAUGCUAAAGAUGGGCACUGUGGUAAGUGAACUGGGGGAUGGUGAGUGCCAGGCAUUGGGUGCCAUUGUAUACAUAUAUACAGACUUUAAGAGGGUGAGCGUCAAUCAGAUGUGCUGCAGUUUAGUGUUAUGUACAAAACAAAUUAAGAGAUUGUUUAAUAAUGUAUAAAUAUAUAUAAAUAUAUAUAUAUACACAAAAAAUAUAAUUUUGUAAUCUACUUUAUGUGUAAAUCCAUUUUUGCUGGUAUUAAUAUUUAACAUUCUUCUAUACAUGCAACCAUUAGCCAGUGCUCUAUAACACGAUAUGUAGAAACUAUAUUUAUUAGAAUAUUUCUGAACCAUUUUCCCCUCCCCUCCAAAUAUGUAAAUAUCAGAAUACAAACUCUCGAGGGUAAUGAAAUGUCAAAAACAAUUACUAAAUCAAGAUGUUGCAUUUAUCACUUUUGUGAAUUAUUAUUAUUAUUAUGGGGUUUUUUUGCAAGUUAUUUUUGCUAGAAAUAACUAAAAUUAGCAAAUUUGUGACUACAAGGAGAAUAUUGCUAGCCUACAUUCUGUAAUUGGGGUUUCGAUUCACUACAAUUUGAUGUUUAGUGAAUAAGCAUUGAAUAAUAAAGAAAUAUAAAUUUCUUUACUAUUAGGACUAUCACUAAACGUAUAUUUUAUUCACGUUAUUAACUAAAAUUAAAUUAAAAUAAACAUAUCAGUGGAUUGAGAAAUGAUUCAACAUUUUCUCAUCAUAAGAAAAAAAACAAGGCAUUCAAACACAAAUAGGCCAGACUAUACUGGCAAUAUCUGGACUAAUCCCUAUUAGAUAUACAGUAGAAUGUAAGAAUAACAUACCUCCCAACAUUUCAAAUGGACAAAGAGGGACACUUUAAUUUUAGGUUGUGACCAAGGGCAGGGCUGUUUUGAUAAAUUCUUCUUGACUUACUAAUAACAAUUUAUACAACCAAAAUGUAAUUGAGAAAAAGAAUAAUUUAUCUUAUCUAUACAGACCGAUUUCUAAACACAUUUACUGUUUAAAGACACAUUACUGAGAGUAUUAUUGCUGUAGAGCUCUGUUAUACUCACAGACAAACCAACAAUAAGGAACUCCUGGAAAAAUAGGGACAUUAGGAUAGAAAAGAAGGAUUUGGGACCAAAAUAUGAACUGUGCCUCCUAAACAGUGGCAGUUGGGAGGAUUGGUACAAUCUUUUUACAUCUUAUUUGUAAGAAACAAAGCAACAUUUUUGUACGUAAUUUGUGGAACUUUAUGCUAAGUAAGAAACUUACUCAGAACACAUUUUAACACAGAAGAUAGAUUGUCUGUUAAAAUAUCUGAUAAUAUGUCUGUUUAUUUCCAUUAAAUUGGCCCCAAAAAAGUUAAACCUUAAGUCAUUUAAUAAAAUAAAGUGCAAUUGUAUGUGCAUUUUUCUACAUGUCUUGUCUGGAAUUUUAUUGUGUAUGUUUCCGUGAUCUUGUGGUAUUUUCAGCAUGUGUUGGUCAGAUAAAUGGAACACGACCUUAUGGUAUGUUAUUUUUCAAAUUAAUUUCUUACAGUAAUGUGAUUGGUCUGAAAAACAAAACAUCUGAGCCUGUUUUGCAUUAAAAAAAAA